AGUCUCUCCUCCGGGGCUGCUUGCGAACUUCUCGUCGACACGCCACUUCAGUUCACAUUGUUUCGGGACUGGAUACGACCAGCAGUAAGAAGUCAUGGCUUUCCCACAUAACAUAUGUCUUCGUCUGUUUCUACAAAUCUGCCUUUUCAACAUGUUCGGUGAGUUUAACCUGAAUUAACCGUUAUUGUUGUUUUUAACGGUUAAGUUUGGUGAAGGAGGAGGAGGAGGAGGAGGAUGACCGUUAAAACCACUUUGAAUGAGGAUACAGCGUGGGUGCUCAACGUGGAUGCUCAAAUCAAGUGUUUGUCACAGGAAAACAAACAUUUCGUGAAAUUUAAGUAAACUCGAGUGUUUUUUUUCCCUCGAAAGUACGCGUUUUUGCUCACAUGCAGUUGACUAGGUUGUAAAAUGUGUUUCUGUCCGUCAGGAUAUUGAACUUGAAAACCACGUCGAAAUGAACUAGCAUGAAAAAGUGGAAUUAAUGUUGUUUUAUUUCUCCCAAUUCCUACUUUUUAAGUCUUUCUAUCACUCUUUUUGGCUCUGUUUCAGUCUGAAGCUGCAUUGUGGUGAAAAAAAAUGCAAAGCUGUAAUUAAUUGCUGCGUAAUUAAUGAACAAAGUAACUUUCUAACAGCAGUACAGCACGUUUGAGUAUAAACAUAUUUUACAUGGUACUGGUGCUGUAAAGGGUUUUGUCUUUGCAUGUCUCUCGCCUAAGUCUGGUUAAGUUAUUAAUGUUUUUUUAUUGUAAAGCUGUAAACAUCUAAGAAACCACAGUGGCUGCAGUCCUGUUUCUGUUUCCAAUGAAGGACAUUGUUGGUUAGAGUUUCAGUUGUGUUUUUAAUGUUUGAGCCUGAUGUUAUGGUGAUGGAAGUGGCUGGUUGUGUGUCCGUGUGUGAGAACAGUCUGGGUUUACCUCUGGGUCCGAGGUAAAAGCCCAAUUAGUUGGUUCAAUUCCUCAAGGCUGUGACUCAUGUGCAGGCUAUGAUACAAUGUGCUUCAAUGAAACCAAAGGUCACAAGACCAAAGUUUGUUUUUUUUUUUAUUACGUACAGUUUUUAUGGGGGAACUGCUGGGUCACUGGGUCAUUAAACUGCUUAAAGCUCCUGUAGAGAACUUUCUAUUUUUUGUCAGUUCUGGUGCCCCCUGUGGAUGAAGCAGUCUCUACGUCAUAAAUGUAAAAAAAACUCUUCAUAUAAGCUUUGAUAAACUAACCAUUUCACUGAUUUGUUAUCAGUUUUGGGGGUUGCUUAGAGAAAUAGCUCUGAAUUGAUGAAGUAGCAUUUUUCAACUUUCUUAUUGAUCAGUUACUCAAAUUAAUGAUUUUUUCACGCUAAAAUCGCAAACACUCACCAUUUUCAGUUUUUGAUUUGAGUUUUAAUUUUUUUUUUUCUGAUGCUUUGGGACCAAAAUGUUCAAUUUUCUUGCAUGUUCACUCAUGUCUUCUUUGUUUGACUGGUGUGUGUGUGGAUGUGUGGUGCACAGGGGUUUCAGGUUUCAUUUACAUAAUAUGAAAAAAUUAGAUUUAUUGUGCAAGUCAGACUAAAACGUGUCUUUUGUCAUUAGUAUGAACAUGUUUGAUUGAAGUUGCAUUAACCCUUCUUAAGAAAAGUCCAGAGCUGCACAGUUGUCCAUGUUUUUUUUUUUUUUACCAUUUGACAUAUGACUAGUUUGCCACUUGCUGACUUGUUUGCUGGUCGUUUCAGUGUGUGACGUAAUGGGUCAACUGGGUGACAGUAUAAUAGGUCACAGCUGAAAGAGGGCAUAUCGCCACCUGCUGUCGUGGAGGCAGGCAAACUUGUGCCAAGAAAUCAAUUUUCGCUGAUGCUUGCAUACUAGGACAAGGACUGUAGUCAGAUGUUAUGACCUAAUUGAGCUAUAACUAUUGUUUAGUUUAAGUGUAAGUGUGAAACGAAGGCUAACAAAGUUGUUAGUUUACUUAGCCAAAUUUCCCAGCAUUGUCGGAGGUGAAUGUUCAAAAUAAAGGGUCCAACUGAUACAUGGUCAUGUCAGUUGUAGCUUUGUCAAGUUGUACAGCCAAGGAUAUAGAAAUUGAUUUUUUUGGGCUUAUUAGCUGAUUAGAAAUCGUGAAUCUUAUGUGAAUCUGUUUCUUCCCUGCCCCCAUCCUAAAAGACAGACAUCAUGUUGACUCCGGGAUUAAGUUUUUGAAGGAAGCUUUACUGUAAAUAAUUAAAUGUAAACCUUCCUCCACAUGGUAUCUCACAACAGGACAACACUCACUCUGUCCUGACCUUAAACCUCUUUUUACAUAAAUCCCUGUCUUUUUACCCCAUCAGCCUUGCCUUAAUUGGGUUACCUCUUUUUAAUCCCCAUCUCCCCUCUACCUCCUCUGGAGAUGGAGUAAAGCUGUCUGUUUUUUGGAUUAUGUCGUUGGUUAGUGAUCGAGACCUGUCCCCUUAAAGAGGCCUGUCAAAGCUGACCUCCUCCCUAAUGGACCUUGAAGGGCACUCACUGGUACACAAUUUAUGGCUAAAAGCAUUUCUCCUGCAUGGAGACAAAGUCAUCCAGAGUAUGAGAAGAAGCCCAAACAUGUAGCUUUAUGCAGGAUCUGUACACCAAUGUCUAUUGAUUUCACAGACCAGUGUUCAUCAGUAUGAUGGUCAUGUUGUCUUACAGGAAUGAGAAAGUGGUCUGGGUUGGGUGGUUCUGCUGUAAAUCAGAGUAGUGGGCAGAGCUUUUACAAUGACAUUUACAGAACAGAAAGUAGACAUGCAGAAUGUGCUUACUUAGGUCAUGGCAUGCUGUAAACUGUUUUCAACCCUCAGUGUUAUUUAGGGCUUGGACGGAUCCUUUAAGUCUGUUCUGUAGUUGUUCGUAAAAUCUGUUCUGUCGGAAUAGUAAAUGCCUUGAAUAUUAUAUUUAAAAGCAGCAAAUAAAGACUUUGCACAAAGUCAAAAACAGUUACGUCUUCUAAAUAAGAUAAAGGUAUGAGCUGUGGCAAUGUUUUGGGGAAUUUUUGCCUCUGUUAGGAAGAUGGCAGGAGAAGAUAAAGACUGGGAUUUGAACCAGAGACCUGUAUAUGUGGGGCGCCCAAACCACUAGGCCACCAGGACCCCAAUACAACAAUCUUAAACAUACUUGUUUUACGACUAUAGUGCUCGUUCUGCUGCCCCAACAGUAUUUGGUACACCUCCAUACCCAAACAUUUCCUGUCUCUGAAAACCUCCCACAGCCUCACUUAUUACUAUUAUUCCAGAUCACUGACAAGGCAUUUGAUAACUUCUGACUGCAUGACACAUACAGUACAUAGCUAACUAGUGGGUUUACAUUGUCCAAACUUCAUUUGUGUUUAUCAUGACACACUCACUUAACAGCCUUCCCUGUGUCACUUAAAAAUACGUCUCAAUAUGUAAACAAGGUCUUUAUAAAAUAAUAUUCUCAAACUUGAUUGAAUGGCAGUUGUAGAAAUAAGGUGAAUGCGUUUAUUACAGCCAUGCAGUCCAAUAAAUAUCACAUACAUGAUUAAAAGUAAACUAAAGUACUGGAUAUAACUGAAGAUCUAAGCAUGUAUUUCUACAUUUCUUUCAAGGCUUUUGAUGCCCUAAAUUUCCUUUUGCCAGUGAAUCACUAGAAAGAGUCUGAAUGAGGGUGAAAUUGCUUCUGCUAACAAGUAUUGUAUGUGAAACCACAGCUGGAUCCCUCUGCACCAUAGAGCCCCAUUGUUGGCAAGAAACUGUUAAAAACCCCAUCAAUGAGCCGCGCUGUUUUCACCAGGGAGCUGGGACUCAAGAAAGCUUCUUUGCUCUAUAAUGCAGCCACAAAAGUUGGCUUUGAGUAGACCCUCCUUAUCGUCCAGCUGCUUUAAGUGCUGGCUGAAACAUCAAAUUUAUAGUGUCAUUCUUCAGCUGAAAACAGCCUGAUUACUGUGCGUAAGUCUGUUUUUUAUUGUUAAAGAUUUUUGUGCAGUGUUGGAACAAAUUGGUUUGGAGCUGAGAGCCACGGGCAGAUCCAUGCGAUCAUGUCUCAGAGUGGCUGAUUUAUGGUUUGUCCGUCUUUGUUAACAACAUCAACACCAAGAUCUCUUCUGUUUACCGAUACUUGAGACGGUUUCCUCAGGCAGUGUCAGGAAUAGAAACUGAUGUUCAGAUGAUAUAGGGGAAGCUUGUCAUUUUAAUGGUGUUUGGACUUCAUUCAGAUAAAACAGUUUUUACAUCAAUCAUGCAGAAGUAGUGCACUUUUUGUGGGCUCAGUAAUGUUUUGGCUGCCUGAGACACAUGUGAAACAAAAGUGUUGUCUCUCCCCAGCAUUUUUCUGUAAUGGAUGAGCAUUUUUUAGAGCCAUUGGAUACUGUGGCAAACCACUCUGUUCUGUGUUGCCUCCAAGAAACAACUCACUUCCUUCUUGAUGAAAAGCUUUUAAUUCUAACUGAGGACAUGAGGUUUUUCUGGUCAAGAUUUUGGAGUAGUACUCUGUAAUACAAGGUACAGGUCCAGAGUAACAUAAUCAUAGUUGUAUCAGAAACAGUAAGUGACAGUAAGUCAUUAACAGCAUCAGCCGUGAUGGAUGUAGCAUUGAGGAAACAUGUCCAACAGAAAGGCCUGGACUAAUUCUUAGUUCAGCUUUUCAGAAGUCAGAAUUUCCUGAUUCAUGGAUUUCAUUUGAAAUAAUCUCCAGUAAAUCAGCUAAUCAGAUUAAACAGGCAUCAAAUGUAAGCUCUGGCUCUGUUAUGUGUAAGACAUGUAGUUUCGAUUGAGAAUUAAUGGUCAGAUUAAACCACUCUUAAAAUAAGCAUUAGGAGAGUUGUGGAUCCUUGUAUUCUGUGUCUUUAACAAACUUCCAGCGUGUUUUUAACGACGGCAUGAACUGUGGAUUGACGUCAAUUCAACGCCAAAUUCACAGUACCAUCGAGUACUGGAAAUUCAUGAACUUAAUCAAAUGGCUAAAUCACAGAUGUUAUACCUCAUACCCAGAAGUUGAACUACAUAUCCUCAAGAUUAUGGAAACCCAUUGCACACUGGCAUUAAGUGUUUUGCAGCACAAGUUUACCCCUGAUGCACUCAUCAGUUUCACACCCAACACCCAUGUUGUGUAAAUAGCAGGUUCACUUAUGUGUGUUAGCGCCCAGGGGUGUGUUGGCCUUACAAGGUGGCGUGCUGCUUUGUUGAGGACAUAGAAAACAUCUAUAUAGAUAGAUAGAUAGAUGGAUAGAUAGAUAGAUAGAUGGAUAGAUGGAUGGAUAAAUAGAUACAUACAGUGAAAAAGAGUGUUUAUUUAGAUAGAAGGACUGUUAAAUUUGGUAUUUGCCCACCAUCCUUAUACACCAUGAUACAGUAUAGUGCCUAUCUGAGAAUGCUAGGAGAGGAGGUCACCCUCAGUGCCAUCUCCCCACACGCCACUUUCUCCUCAGCCCUGCAUGGUCCAAAAACUCGAGACCAGAUGAUCACUAAGUUCCCCAUGAAGUGUGUCCUGAGUAUAUGCAGAAAGAGACUAGUUCAUUUACAGUCCAUGUGAACACCACUAAUUAUCGUGUCCUUAGCUAAUAAAGCCAGUGCCGCUUAGCCACCUGCACAGGUGUGUGUUUGGACAGACGGUUUAGUUUCUGCUGUUUAGAGGAACUUUUCCAUACAUGCAUUUUCAUUACUCAUACAGUGAUCUGUGUGGGUUUCCUGUGCGGUUAAAAGUAGAGUACACUUGCACCCAGAUUUUGCACCACUCUUCUUCUAAAAAAGCAGUUGUAUACACCCUGAUUCACUAUGAGCCAUGUGCUGUAGCCUGUGCAUUUAGAUAAUGUAAACAGGGCCCUAUAACUUUCUAUUUUAAACAGCAGGAUUUGACUCUGAGGAGCCUUUAAGAAAAUGCGCUGGAAAGCAAUACAAUGAAUAAUUCAUUGUUAUUGUUUUCAUUGAUUUAUUGCUGUUUGAGUUAUUACUUAUUGUUUUCAAUUUAAUUAUCAGACAGCCAAUCUCGUACCUUAUUUAAAUUGGUUUUGACCUUGUAAAGCGGCUACAGCUCCACUUUUGAUAUGUGGAGGAUUGAAGGAUUUUUAGCUUCUUAACUUUAAUCUAAAUAAUUCUCAUUAUGGAGUAGGAAUUCACCUGUAGAGGUGCAACCCAGUUUAUAAAAUAGGCAACCCAAAUUUAGCUGGGUUAAUGUUUGGUUCAUUUUCAGCAUUGUGCAUUCAUAUUGACCUGAUUUUGUUUGCAUGAUAUGAAGGUAGAAUUCUCCGUUGGCUGUAAUUGUUUGAGCACAAAUUAUUCAAGCUUGAACGUUUGUUUUCACACCAAGUGGAAGCAGUAAACGUGUGAAGUAAUCAAAAAUGAGUCAUAAGGUAUCCCAUUGAGUCAGUGUAAAUAGUGGCUGGUUCCCUGACCUCCUCUUCAUCCGUGUCUGUGGCUGGAUGCCUGGGAAUGCCUUCGCCCUGCUGCUGAGCCGUCUGCAUGCAGCAGGAAGUGUGCAGCUGUUGGCUGCAGUUGUUCGUGUGGGAUUAGUGCUCUUGCCUGAGUGAUAGCUGGGUCUGACAGCCAUGUAAUCUAAUGUAUUGGCUCAUUGUUUUCAUUAAAGAGAGUGCACUGUUUGAUCCCGGAGGAAGUAAAAUGGUGCUUUGCCGUAACAUUAAGCAUAUGUAAGCUAAUUUAACCAGCAUGUAUGUCAGCACGGCGAACAAUCAAAUACUGUAAAUCCUAUUAAAUUAACUCUUUUCAUUACUUUCACUAAUUAUUCAAGUUCAACUGGUUUAAUGCAUCAGAAAGUCUCUGCUGGAUAAAGACCGGACAGCACAGGGCUAGAAACCAAGAGAUUCGGUUUUCAAGGUUUUUCCAGACAUGUCCAACUGGCAGGGCAUCCUGGACACAUUAUAAAUCCUGUCUGGUUUGUGGGUCCCUCAGGAUCCCCCAUGAAGACUUUUGGUGAAUAAUGUUAGGCAGAGGGACAACUGGGUGAACUUUCUUUUGCACAGUCACAACCAACAAAGGCAAAGGAAGAUAGAUCAGCGGAGAGACAGGCUACCAGAACACUUAGUUGUAGAUCCUUGCCUCGUCAAUCCUGGACAACAUGAAGUGAUUUUAAAUUUCUGACAGAUUUUCAAACACAUUGCAACAAAUAAUGACAGUUAUAAUAGUUUUGUUCUUGCGUUUUGCAUGUAAGCAGUGUAACAAUAUUUCCAACACAAGCGUUUGGUGUCUACAUGCACACAGAGAAAGCAUAAUUCAUCAUGAAAUACUUGUUUUCAGGUUUCUGGUUACUGUAUCUGAAUAAUGCAGGAAACUGAAAGGCUUAAAUUUAACAAUAAAAACCACAAUAGUGGAGAUAAACCACUGUGGUGGGUUGCAUAUAUUGCGUAUCCUCUUCAUUUCAAGCACCAGGAGAAGAGUGCCACCACAAAUAUUAGACAUUUUCUUCACUCUGACUGUUUUCCUUCUGUCACUGCCACCACAUAGCACAGGGGAGCGGUGGGUGUAGAUAUGCAGUGACAGAGGAAAGUCAGUGUCAGUGCUCCCUAAGAAUAAUGUGCUCAUGACUUGGCUAGGGCUGCACCUGCUUAGGUAGUUGGCAGCUGCCAGAAUCUGAACUCAGGAUACGUUAUUACAUUCCCAAACAGGACCUUUAUCAAAACCAGAUUACUUAAGUCGACAUCAACAUAAUUGUCGUACAUCUAUAAAUGCCUUGCACAUUUGAAAAAGUUGGUCCUUUAUUGGACCGAUGUUGGCAUCUUUAUAAAUUGAUAAUUCUCUUUGGACGCCAGAGGCAGAUAUCGGAGGGGCAUAAACACAGUUAUAUGUUUGCUGUGAUUGCUUCCGUUUUGUUGAUUAUGAAUGCAAAACAAAUCAGAAUUUUCCUCUCUGAAACAGCGAGACAGACCAUAGAUUAGGGGAUGCACCAACAAAAUGUGCUGAUUAUGUUGGUUAUGGAGCAGAUAGCAGAUUUAGAGUCUACAUUAAUUUCCUUGAGAAUAGUUGCUGGUUGUCUCAUUAAAUUGACUAAACCCUCAUGUUGAGCAGCCGAAGAUUCACUCGCACCGGUACAAAUAUUUUGAAUGUGUUUGUUUUCCUCUCAAAGCACAGUUUUGUGUUUGUUUCAGUCUUUGGUGGAAAGCCCGAGCAUGCUCUGAUCAUCUAGGACAUGUUUGAGAAAAUCAAAGCUCUAGCUGUUUAGCCAACAGGAGUAGAGCUUACAUCCACCCUUAAGCCUAGAAUGAAGGUUUGUUAGAGCCUUGUCUUGCAUGUGCAGAGUAUCUCUGCAGUCAGCGGCUGGUUUGAGUGGGAUUUUAUAUCCAGCAGCUGCCUCUGUAGUUUGAUCCCUGCGCCUUCUGGGAGGGAGUUUCUUCUGUAUUGACUACCUUUCCAGAGCACACAAGUACCAUCCAAAACAUAGUUGACUACUGUGUUAUUCAAAGCCUGUCAUUCAGCACUGUGAAAAAUCUAUAUAGUGAACGAGUCUAGUUAAAGAAGCAUGAGAGGGUUGUUGAAGUAAAUUCUAUCAAGAGGAGGGAUGUUGGAGGUAACACGAGACAGAGGAACAUCCAUGCACAAGCACGGGAUGAAGAACUGGUCCUGGAGUGAUGCCAGAGCACAGAGUUUUUAUCUCCCACUGUGUCAAAACUGCAGUCAUGUCUCCUGCACCACAUUUUUUUGUAUUUAUUUUUAAAACAUGUUGAUAGUGCUGCAGGGCUCCACAUCAGGUUUUUUUUAUGCAUCGUGCCAGGGAAGUGCUGAAAGGGCUGAUUCUUUAAAGCCUCUUUGAAUCCCAAAUAUUGGAUUUGGCUGCACUGCUCGCACUGGAUUGAUUACUUUGUAUACAGUAUUUUAACAGUAGUGUGAGAAUGAAGAGCUGUGUUUUUUAGCCCAGUUAGAGAGCUGGGUUUUGCUACAGCUUUGUAAACACACUCAACCUUAUCCUGAAAGUUUCACCAUGUUUAUCAGUAAGAAAAUGAAGACAUGUAGACCCUCCUGGAGGCUGAAUUUUGUUUUGUAUAUAGUUUUUGAGAAUCAGGCAUGACUGUAAGUUUGGAAGGAAUCAUGACUCCAUCUCAACAUGCAGUAGAGGAGGAAUGUGAUGGUGUUUUUAUUUAAGAUGAAGUAACAACGCCACACGGGAUGAUCCAAAGCGACUCAUUUUUAGAUAUUAAUGCUGCGUUUGAGUUACCUCGGAAGUCAGAUGUCCGAGCUGUCCGAGUUACCAGCAUUUUAGUUACCAAUUCGGAAGAAAGCAAAAUCAGAAGUGGAAACAAGAUGGCUACAUCUAUGAAAGCUAUUUUAGCACUUGCCUUGUCCUUGCUUAUAUUUGGACUCGGCAAGUGCUAAAAUAACUUUGGUAGAUGUAGCCAUCUUGUUUCCGCCUCCAAUUUUACUUUUUUCUGACUUGGUAACUGGAACGCUGGUAACUCGGGUGUGACUUCAUUCCCAGUUCAGACAUCUGACUUCUGAGGUAACUCGAACGCAGCAUUAGGUUCUGACUAACCGCUCAGAAUUCAACCCUUUUUUUCCGAUGUAUUUUACAGCUAAAAUGAGAUAAUAGAGUCAGUGGUUACCCAGUGUCAGAUUGGUUUUACUACCACCAGCAGAGCUAACACCACCUGACGUUAUUUUGUCUGUCUUGUAGGCAAACGUCCACAUGCGUGUCACAUAAACUUUGCCUUUAUAUGUAAAAUAAAACCUAUCAAGUAAAUUACAAGUAUCUCAGAGUUGUAGGUAAGUGUUGUACUCAAUGAAACGUACCUACUUUUGUUUUCCUGAAGUGGCACCAGUCAGUGAAUCUGGAGUGCAGCACCGUGUGGGAUCUGAAUCAGCCAGCACGGGGACAUAAACAGUUUCACACCUACUCCUUUCGCAAAGCGUUGCGACCAGGCAACCCCCCAAAUAUGCAUCGAAAACCCACACAGCAGUUUGGAUUUAUAGUGCCACCUCUAAAAGCAUGCAACAGAUUUAUUACCGUAGCAAUGGCAAGUGUUUGUGGAGACCAGUCUGUGUCUGACACAUCAGCUGAAUCAGAAUGAGUGUUACGUAACUUUGACAUAAAAACAGAAGUAAAAAUAAGGUCAGGUCAAAAGAUGUAAACAAAGAGAAAUCUGUUUAAAGUUUAUUAAAAUUUAGCUGGUUAUCCAGUAUAUAUAUGUAUGAGUCCAUGUUUUUUAGGAAAUGAAUAUGUUGUGAGACAUCUCCAUUUCUUUUGUUUUGGAGGAAAAAUGAAUCAUUUUCAGUAUAUCUGUCUCUGGCAGAUUUUGUGUUCAUCUCUAAACUCUGCACAUGCAAAAUUGGCCAUCUGUACAUAACGUCCCCUCAUAUUUAGAAGGCCCAUCUGUGGGGCACAUGGUGCUCGCUCGGGCUUCAAUCCAAGUCUUGGCAGUGGUCCCAUUAGUGCCACAGGGAGAGACAAAAACCUCCAGUAUUGCUUUCAUUGAGUCGCCUUUCCUUCCUACUUUUCCCACUUGUCUCCCUCUUUGGUCUGCAAACAGAGUUUAACCAACAGCUGCACACACCUGACGCUCAAUCCAUCGGGCGAGGGACAUUCUGCUGUGGGGCUCACGUUACAGCGAAAUCUUACACCACAAUGGUCGACGCUUCAUUCCCGCCUUUUCUGAGCCGUGUCCCCCAUCCUCUGUCCCCUCUAACACCUCUCUCAUGCCCCCUCCUCUGCCUUUUUUUCUUUCUGGGUGCAGUGGACGGAGCCUGGGAAUGUUUACUCUGCUUUGUUGUUGUCAACAGUCCUGACUGAAACAGCGGGGGACCACAGGAAAGACUUGUAUUCAAUUAAAGGGUGGGAUUAACUUGAGAAAAUAAGGGAUAUGGGGGUCAUCCAUUGUCACUUAUGAGCUUUUUGAGUAUUGAUAAGAAUUGUGAUUUAAAAUCCAACGUAAUUUUUGAUUUAUCAAGCUUUGGCGCACAAAGCUCAGCAGGCAUGCAAUAACAUACAUACUGCCAAAGUGGACAGCCUAUUUUUGGGGAACAAUUUCUUGGAAAUCUGGGGGACUCCAUCCAGUGAGGAUAAGAAAUCCAGAUGCUUAAAGGAAGACAGUCUGAAUUUACAACAUUUUAUUUUCUUUGAGCUGUAUUUUGUACAUUUAAAAAACUGGCCAACUUUGUAUUUAUCGUAGAUUUCUUGUCAUUAAUGUGCUGAAAGACUCCAUUGUAUCAGAUAAUAAAUUGUCAGUUGUUAUCGGACAGCUGAUUUGUCUCUUUGGCUCAAUUUCAGAAAAGGCACACUGGCAUUUCAAAUCCAAAUUUUCCAUAUAAAAAGCAUGUCUUGUAAUCUUCUCUGCACAUUAAACAACUGCAUUCAUGACCCCAAGGCUGAAUAACUUAACUCCGAGAACAGAGUAGUUGUUGCUGAGUCACCCAUUAAUCAUGGAAGCUGAUGAGGUUUAACUUGCUGUUAAUGGUCCAUGAUAAACUCUUAUUCCUUCUUGUGGGUGGAAAGCCCCGACUCCCCUUUAAAUCCUGAGGGGUAUAGGUGUGUGUGAAAUGUGACCACAACACUGUGUCAUGGGCUGGAGGGUUAACUUCCAUCUUUAACUCCGUCCUCUUGUAACUGAUACAUGUUGUGUGUCUUUUUGGGACAAUAGAGAUGACACUGACUUGUCUCCAGUAUUUGCUCAAGGCAUCCCACACGGAUCAGGUCAUUGUCCUGAGGAAUUCCAAGUCCUCUUAAUUUCUUCUCUCCUUUUGGUUUGUGUCAAACUACUGAACCCACUGAUGUGUCAGUGUCACCUGCAGAACCUGCAGAAGUGAAUUUAGUGCGGCAUUCACCAGGAUUAAGUUGCAAAGGGAUAUAGUCGGUGGGAAUGACGGAAGUAACAGAAUAGUACAGCUGGAAGUGUCUUUACUUUUCAGGUCAUUUAAUGCAUUUCACCCAGUAGUAUAUUGGGUAUGUUACCUGCUUCAUUUUUAGCGCUAUCUGCAUAUUUCCAAAUGUCCAUAAAUCCAGUAAAAAAGCCUUGAAAUAAACAUUUAAUUGAUUCAAAGCUACUUUGUAGUCCCCCACAGUCUGACUUUUUUCUCAAUUAAAGGGCUUCAAUGUUUUUUUAAAUGAAGAUACUAAGUCGAAAAAGUCGAAAAAUCGCAUCGCGUUUGAUGUGUAUAGUCAGGCGCGUCAACAUUCGCCUCCAAACAUAAUUUGGCGUCAUAUAUUUGCGUCGUUCCUGGUGUGUAAGGACCUUUAAUGUUAACUUCAAGACGUUUUCAAUGCUAAUUCUAAAAUGCACAUUUUAACAGAUCAAAUGUCACUUUUCCGAUUUUUUAACUAUGUGUAUUAAAGUGUGCUUUUUUUUAGAGUACAUAUCUCAGUAUUUGACAAUAUAGAUCUUUUUCUGUCCAUUCGGAUGACAUGAUUUCUGGCUCUGCGCCAGUCCGUGUCCCGCCACAUCAGCCGGCAUUUACAUCUGCUGUUGAAUUAAAAUGAAGUCAGUUGAAAUCCAGGCUGACUUUGAUGGUGAAAAGACACCUCUGUGUUCUGCGUGUACAUGUGCAAAUGAAUAUUCAUGAGGGACCUCAGGGCUAACCAGAGCGUCUUUCAUGGUGUUUGCCUCUUUUGCUAAUAGGCUGUGCCAUGCCGAGGAUAUGGCAUACAUCUGGUGUUGUGUUUUUUUUCUGCACAGGCAAGCGUCUGUGCUGAAUGUUUACAGCUAAAAUUGGCUGUUCAGAAUGACAAAUAAGCUUGUUUUGACUGUCUAUGCUAACUCUUCAUAUUCUCAGGGCUUUCUGAGGGAAUUUAGCGUGAAAUAUGCACACCAGUGGUCCGUGAAAAAAAAAAGAGUAAACAUAGUGUGCUUUUUAAAUUAAACUCUGUAGGCAGGAGUAAAGACAAUGUCUGUGUUUCCCAUCAUGAAUACUAUAGAGUAGGAUUGCAGAGUUUUAUGUCAGAGCUGUCUGUAAAUGUUAUCCCAGCCCUGGAGGCUGACUGAUGAGUGCAAUGGUAGAGGGCCAGAUGCAACUCACAUUUCAUGCUUUGUGUGGGCCUCUCCCCCUCAGCUGAUUCAUCGUGCAGGCCUAAUUAUUUUAGUCUUUUUCUGUGUGCAGUCGGUGUUUUCAGGGCAUUUGUUUGGCACAUUCCCCAGAGGGCACAUCUCUUUGUUUAAGUGUCCCUCGGGAGAGAUAAGAGAGGCAGAAAAUACGCUUGUUGAUAGAAACCAUCAGCAACUGUUGAUUGGACAGUGGAAUUUGUUGGGAUUAUUCUGCUCUUUCUCUGCAGUGUUACACAAGCAGAUGGAGGAACUCAUACGGUGACGUGAGAUGUAUUUUAGGGUUCAUUAAUUAAUACUUCAGCCCUUUAAUUUUCAAACAUUUAAGAAGCUGUCCUUCACACACAAGAGCACAAGACGACCGAAAUAGAUUCUGUUUACUGGCAUAGAAGAAGAAGAAGAAGGAGAAGAAAAUAAACAAACUGUCAUAGUUUUAAAGCCAAAACCGUCAAACUUUUGCUGAAACCAUCAAAUCUUUCUGCACUGCUUUAACCAAAUGCGACAGUCAGUUUUUUUUUCAUCUUUUGACAUCGAAGCAAAGAAAACACCAAGACUCAAUAACAGUGUGCUUUUGCAUCAGACUUCACAACCCCUAUUGCUAGAGUUUCUGGAAAACUGUGAAUUUAUUGCGUCUUGUUUUCUGCAGAAGAAUAAGAAGCCUGUAUUUUUUAGUCUUUAUGCAUAUCAUCUUCUCCAUCCAGCCACCAGAAGUCAUUGUCGAUGUGGGGGAGGAAUUUUUAAGACAGAUGCCUGGCGGUUUGAAGCGAGAUGAGCUGAAUCUGAAUAGGAAAAGAUCAAACAGAUGUGCCCUUUUCUAACUGUGAAAGUCUUAAGUAUGGACUGCGCAGACUGCAGAUGGAAAAAACAGGAGUGUUAAGAGUUGAUGUUUGGUGAUAUCAGAUUUUGCAUGGUGACUUGUUUCAGGGAGAUGUCACUGAUCUUGACGUGAGUCGCGAUAACAGGCUUUGCUCACAGAUAAGAAUCAGACGCUGAAGGGUGGUGUCCAAUCUCAGACGGGGUUUAUUAAGGAGUCUGGGUGCAGAGUUGACUUGUGAGGGCAAUUUAGUGGCUGCCAGACACUGCCAGUGUCUUUUGAAGACAUGUGUGAUGAAAGCUGUUAUGUGAUCUACCUCUGCAGCUCAAGUUUAGGGUCUGGAAUCUGCCCGGGGGGUGCUGCUCUACUGCAAUUUUAGAAUAAAGACGUGUUAAAGCUUAAGGCUCCAAAGCUCCAACAGUAUCCCUGUAAAAAAAAAACUGGAUGAAGACCCUCUGGACUGACAUCUGGAAUCGUUCAGGAUGACAGAGAUAUAAAGGCUGUUGGUUGGCUUUUGGCAAACACCUUACAGGUUGAUGUGAGAUACAGAGUUGAGUAUCUCUCAGUAAGAAGAAGAUGAUGUGAGAAAACCUCUUUGUCUUGAGUGUUUUUCCAACAACUCCUGCAGAUCAUUCGAUAUUAUUUGUUCCACUUCUUUACAAAAAACAGUUUAAGAAAUUAGAAGUUCAUUGCUGUGACAUUAAGACACAAGAAUGUGAUGUAUUUGGACCCAAACCAGGUCCUGGAGGAAAUGACUUCCUAGCUGGAAACAACUCAACUUAAUAAAAAACUUGAAUAUAAACCAAAUGAAGGAAUGGUGCCUACCCUGAUGGAUUAUAAAGCUCUUUGGCAGCCAGAAUCACGCUCCAAACAAAUUAAAACUGGUGUGUGUCAGCAGGCAGAGUGGUUUGUGCUACAAAAAUAAAAGCUUAGCUCAUUUGGGAUUUGUUUGUGUGGUCUGUGGAGGUUGGCUGGCAUCGUCUGUUGAAAUAUCUGCGGCAACUUGAUUUAUUCUUGCAACAGUUUUUCCUUGUGAAAAAUUAGAGAUAUGUUUAAACGAUAGGCUUCACACUUUUGUAAUGUAAACACAUCUUAAAAAACGAUCAACCAGGAAACUUUUGCCUGCCUGAUUUCCAUGGGUAUUAAGUAGGGUCAAACGAUAAUGAAAAGUUCUAUUUGUGCAACAUUUUUCUUUUCUGCAACAUUCAUGUGACAUAAAAAAAACUGGAAUUUUAGUUGUUUUAUGUAAUUGUACAAUCAUAGUAUUUAUUAUUAUUUGGACUUGCUUGGAGAUGUAAAGACAAGAGAAGUAGAAAGUACAGGUGGUGCUUACCCAUUAAGAAGUCAUCAAUAUUUUCAGUCUGUGCGUUAAAUCUGAGUCACAAGCCCUCAGCAUAUUCCUAUAAAUUUAAAUUUUUACUUUCACAUCACAAUGAUUCAAUUGCACCUGUUAGUGUGUCCAUGGUGUUAACAAAUACUUAAAUGGAUGUAAAAACACUGUCCAAUAAUCCAUUUUGCUUUAUUGACUUUGGCAUGUUGACAUUUUAAAGUCACACAGACAGAAACUCUGAGAGAUUUUAUAUAGAUGUUUAUUACAGAUUAAACCUGGAUAAUGAGGAAGUGGUGUUUUUCAGGUCAUAGCACUGAUACUGUAUGUUCUGGGAUGUGACUGUUGUGCCUGAGUAUAUCACAGUUUGGAUUUCAAAAGGAUGUUUUGUUCAGCCCUGAGCUAGGAAUAUAUUUGACCUCCCCUUAGUGUGUGUUUUUGUCUGUGUAAAGCCCUGGUGCUUCUCUGCAGAUUUUACCCUCCGACUUGAUCAGAAGUUGUCUUUGUUUUCAUUCAUCCAAGCGCUCCUCUCAGCAGAAACAACACUACAACACAAAGGCCUUUUAGCUUUCCCAGAUGUGAAAACAAGAACAUGGAUCUCAUCUUAGCUGAAGUCUCCCUGUAGCUCUCCUGACAUCAUCAGUGGGUGACAGAAGCAGGCUGCGGUGCCAGACUCUCCUCACUGAGAGGAGUCAUGUGAGGUGGUUUGGGCAUCUGGUAGGGAAAUCCCCUGUGGAGACUGAGAGACCUGGAUGAGGUUGUCGGGGAAACAGACGUCUGGGCAGCUCAGCUUGCUGUUGUGAAAGUGACCCUGACCUGCCUAAGUGACUCAAUUUGGACAGACUCUACUGCUAAACUAAAACAAUGAAAUGUAAUAUUGUGAAAUUAUUAGCAAUACAAUUUCAGUCUUGUUUAAUUUAAUGACAUCUUUGCAGAAAAUAGACCUGAAUAUUUUGGGAAAAAUACUUAAUGUGCUAAUACAUUGUUUAGUGUUCAGGUAGUUUUGUUGAAUUCUGAAUUGAAAGUAGAUAAUCUGAGAGGUAAACGCAUCCAGGCUUGUAUUGAAAUAGUACUGGAUUUUGGAUCGACUGUUCAGCUGUAUCUGAACACAUUAUAUUUGAUAAAGCAGACCACACAUACACAUGGACAGUGGGCCUUUUUAUGUUAUAGAUUUAAACACCAGAAUGAGAUAUCUCUUUAAGUCGACAAAGGGUCUUACUUUUCUUGGAUAAGUUCUGCUAAAGUUGCCUCUAAUGGCCACAUAGAGUGAGGAUGGAAAUUCAAGUCCCUGGCGUAGGAAGUACAGCCCCUUGUUUAUGCCACAGCAUAUGUCAUACUUACUGGUAUCUAAUAAGCAGUCAUAUCGAUGUAACAGACCCCAUCCAGAGGCCCAUUUAAUAAGUGAUAGCUCCUGAAGUGCUGCACGGUCUCCUGCUGCUCGAUUGUGUAAUUUCAGCUCCCUUACUAGAUACAAAACAUCAGCUAGCUACAAACAUAAAAUCCAAAGUGUUGUAUUAAGUUAAAUCUUUUUAAGGAUUUUUUGUGCAAAAAGAAAUCAGCACAGGUUGACCAGCUCUAAAUCUGUUAAAGAAAUCUGAUAUACCAUGCAAAGCCCCCUGCAGGGUCGGAGGAGUCAUGACACCAUGCAUCUUCCACCUCCAGCCAGCUUGGCAUCUGCUGCCCAGCAGAGAACAGGAACAGCAAUAUCGACUCACUUAAAGGGUACAUAACACAUGGCAAGCAACAGUGGAGGUGCAAAAAGCCCUUCGAACAUGUAAUGCUGUAGUAUGGCUUUAUUAUUUAUCUUUAUUGUUGUAGUUGUCAUGCUCCUGAGUGGAGUUCUUUUAUCUCGCCACCAGCUGAGAUUGUCACUAAGAUCAGUGAUCAUCAACAAUGCAGUGCUUGUUGCCCAGUGGCAUUUUUCUGACAACAUAUGUCUCCUACCUGCUUCACCUCCCCUUCUGUUUGCAGUCUGCACAAUGACAUAUGAGGGCACAUCAGAUCUAUUUCCAUCUCGAGUUCUAACCUGCAGCUGGAACAGAGUGAUUGACACGGAAAAAGAGAGAGAUGAGCCGUCCUCUUAGUGAAGAAAAUCAUGUCUCAGGAUACAAAAUGUCCCUGCCUGCUGCGUUUAUCCUACAGAUUAGUCCCAAAGAGACAGGCUUCUGUUUCUCAUGACCUGUGUGUUGAAAGGUUAAGGUUAGAAAUGAUCAAUCAAAUAUUUGUGUUAUUGUCUGUAAAUGUCUUAAAAAGAGUGUCUUAUCCUGUCUAUGGCACUGAGCCCAUUCGUUCUUCCUUAAAUCACCAAAAAAAUGAAGAAAUAGGUCAGAUAUAUGUGCAGUUUCAUUAUCAAUAAAAUAAAAGUAUCAGAAUAAAGGUCCUUACACACCGGGAACGACGCAAAUAUGUGACGCGAAAUUACGAACUAUUCUGAGGCGAAUUUUGACACGCGAUGCCAUUUUGUGACUUUCCGGGGGGGGGGGAAGACACGUCCCGAGUGGAAGCGAGAAGACUGACACAACGGCAGACUGACUGUUUUUCAGUUCUGAUUAGACUCUAGUGUUGAGAUGUCUGUCUGUCAUGAUAGCAUGUACUGAGUCGGGGCCAGUACUAGAUAAGAACAUUACACUAUAAUCCAUAAACGUAAGGUAAACGAUUGAGUUUGAGACAGUGAAAAUACAUAUGGUAUGUUGUAUCUGAACAGGUUAGCUUACGAGCUAAAGUUACUUAGCACAGAUGAAAGUUAAAACAAAGACGUUUAGCAAACUGUUAAAGCACAAAAACCAUCGUUAUACGAGAGAUCCGACGCUAUGACUCUCCACAAGUUGUCCUUCAGAUCGUUAUCUUUGUAAUGUUUGUGUCUUUUGUCAAAAAUCACUCUGUUCUCCGACAUGUAAACAAUCAGCUAGUCGGCCAUGUUGGAUAUACCGGUGAAUCUGACGUUGCAACAACACGCAAUCUGAUUGGUCAGAAGUGGACACACAGUAUGCGUAACUUUAGAAAAUUCGACCGUGAUACGAAAAAAAUAAAUGCAGCAAUAUCGCAGGAUGGGAAAACAUCGCUAAUGUGAAAAAAUAUUGACAUCUGAAAUAAUUAAUAAUAGAUGCACAUUUUAAGCACUGGCAAGCUGUUCUCUACUUUUAGGUCUAUUAAGAGAAGGUGGAGAGGAAAAGGAUGAAUACUUGCUUAAAUAGACAGCAAUGAAAUACUGUUUAUUGAAAUUUAAAGAAAAACAGGCAAAAUCCUUCAUUGUUUCCAUAUUCUUUAUUUUUUAUGUCAUCGUAAAUGGAUACCGGAGCGUUUAAGAGCUGAACUUUCACACAGCUUGUGAACACCAGUGAACAGUCAAACCUCGAAAACUCAGCAUCCUACACUUCCCAUAGUUCUCUUCUCCCUUAGGCCAGCCUUUGUAAAUUGAAGUCUCCAAGUCCUCAGAUGUGAGAGUUUCCACCUUUUCUGUGCUCCUCCAGAGCCACAGUAGAUGUUAUGAAACUCUUUCCACAGCUGAGUGGUUCUGUCCACAGUCAGAAAACUGAUCCUCAUGUGUAAAAUCAGUGGAGCGCCCCUUUAAUGACAGACAGUCAUGCUGUCAAAGGUGCUGAGUGUUGGUCAUAAAAACUCAGAGGUGUCCAAAAAAUGGGGCUCAUACUUUUGGGCUUGCAUUAACAUAAAUUUAACCUACUUUAUAACUUUUCAAACUUAACUGUAUGAAAUAAACUUUGGAGUUAAUUCGGCUCUGAUUCAGCACUUAUAUAUCGCCUGCAUACUUUUAUUUAUCCCCAGGGUUUUCCCAUGCAGUUAUAUUUCAGUGGACUCAAUCUGCCAUGUGCAUUUUUGAGGCAUUUGAUCACCUUAUGAUCUAAAUGUCAGCUGAUGGUUCUAUACGAGCCCAACCGAGACAAAUCAAUUCCCAAGUUUUUCUCAGAGUUACAUCUCAUGGCGAAAACUGAGGAUUUUUUUUUUUUUUCAGCUUGUUUGGGGCAAAGCAACAGCGUCUUGUAUUGAUGAAAACAGUCUUGAAUGAAUAAAAUAUAGUCUGUCUGGCUCAAAAAGACAACAACUGAGAAAGACUCUCAGCUCUGAAAAGUUUUAUGACUGCUUUGACCUCGUCUUUGUUUUGGUGAUGAAAGUAGAGAUGACACAUGCAUAAAUUAGAUAUAGAACUGUAGGACAACACCGAGUAGGAACUUCAUCAAAAUGACUCUGACUUACUAAAAGGAAAGAUAUCAGAAGUUAAAGAGUUUCUUGUCUCUCUUACCUUGUUCUUCCACCUUUGUCUUCCUAAAUAGAUUAAAAAGCUCAGCUCCCUGUUGUAGCUUUUGACCAUUAAGUGUCUAUUGUCUCGCUAGCAGACAGCUGUAACGAAUAGUCAAGGUGAAAACGUGACAUUGCUUCUGCUCCAUAUUUGUCCCAUUAGUGUUAAUUGUGGUGCUCCUCCUGGUUUGGCCCCCGUUCAGCGGGACAUGAGGCUCUGUUUGGCUCUAACUGAACUGGCAGUACUUCACUCACUGACCCUGGCAGCCUAUUAAAAAUGUAGGGCAGCUAUCUUUCACUCCUCUUAAGAAAACUAUGUCAUAAUUGUCUUUCAAAACUGGACCUAAUACGGUGAGGAAUUUGAGUGUAACAUCAGACAGCCUGCUUGGGAAAGUCUCCUAAUUAAAUAAGUUUUAUUCAAUUAGUCAAGGCUCACACCCACAACGAGCGUUUCACUACAGAGAAAACACUGCUCUGAUUCGAUUAAGGAGGUCUGAUCGUAGCACGAGGAGCAAACUUCAAAAGGCUGUUUACAGACUUAAACACAAUCAGACUUAAUAACACUCCAUGUGUACCGACUUGCCGCAAAGCUGCAGCCGCCUCUCCAGUGAAACGACAGUUAGGAGCUGCUGGGUGUUUCUCCCGGUCGUCUUAGCUCACAGAUCAAGGCCCCUGGUCUGGAUCUUUGAACUUGACAUUUCAAAAGGGAGAGGAUAAAGAGAUGCUUAAAUAUCAAAUCCACCCCCGCUCCCUCAGCCCUGAUAUUCGACGCUGUUAAAAGAUCAACCCCCUAAUCAAAGAGAAGGCCUCUGAGCUGAGGAUUUUCCCCGUGUGCCUGUCUGUGGAAUUUAAUUUAUACAUGUCUCAGCAUAAAAUUGGGUUAUCCAGCUUUUGUCCCAUGACUGCUUAUGUAUGGACACUUGUUAAAUAUCAAGGUUCUCUGUUUGAAGCAUGUGAGCUAAAUUAGAUAAGCCCGUGCUCCAUUUGUCAGACUGUAUUCUUCUAUCAGCAGCUUAAAUUUUUACUGUAAAAAUCAAAAUCUUUGAGCUCCAGAAAGUGAGUCCAAGGGACACAGGUAGGGAUUUAAUUGGGUCUUUUAUUUUAUUAUCAUAUCAUAUCGUAUCACAUUGUAUUGUAUUGUAUCGUAUCCUAUCGUAUUGUAUCAUUUCGUAUUGUAUUGUAUUGUGUCGUAUCUUAUUGAAUCGUAUCAUAUCGUAUCGUAUUGUAUCGUAUUGUAUCGUAUUGUAUCGUAUCUUACUUUAUCGUAUCGUUUCACAUCGUAUCAUAUCAUAUCGUAUUGUAUCGUAUCUUAUUGUAUCGUAUCGCUUCACAUCGUAUCAUAUCGUUUCGUAUCGUAUUGUAUCGUAUCUUACUUUAUCGUAUCGUUUCACAUCGUAUCAUAUCGUAUCGUAUUGUAUCGUAUCUUAUUGUAUCGUAUCGUUUCACAUCGUAUCAUAUCGUAUUGUAUCGUAUUGUAUCGUAUCUUAUUGAAUCGUAUUGUAUCGUAUCUUAUUGAAUCGUAUCAUAUCGUAUCGUAUCGUUUCACAUCGUAUCAUAUCGUAUUGUAUCGUAUCGUAUCGUAUUGUAUCAUAUUCUACCGUAUAAUAUCGUAUCGUAUUGUAGCUUAUUGUAUCUUAUCGUACCGUGUCAUGUCGUGUCAUUUUUUCCCUAAAUUUAAAAAAAUUUUUGUCUCUAAAUAUAAAUGAAUCCUAACAGAUGAAUAAAGCAGUGUAGAUGAGAAGAAUAACCUAUUCUUGGUCUCUUCAAUCUUAUCUGGAAUUUUUCUGGCUUUCUAACCAGCACUUUACUCUCUCUCCAGCUUACUUACUCUUCAGUGUUCCUUUUCAGUCCCUGAGGGAAAACACAAUUUUAUCACUCCGUUGUUGAGCAUGUGACACAUACAUAGCCCGUAUUGACGUACAAGCACAAACAGACAGAGCAAGCUUUAGUGGAGAGAUCUCAGCGAGGGGGCGGGCUGCACAUGAUUGAGCGUCCCUAGCAGCGCAGGAACAAACUUUGCAGUCCCCUCAAAGACCCUAUGCUUGGUUUGUUCUGCCACUUGCACCAGAAACCUUCCAGCUUCUAACCCAAGACCAAGCUGACUUAAUCAGUGGCUCUUUUUUUUUCUGGACAAGAAACAUAGAUUACAUUUUUAGGGUUUUGUUGAUUAAAAAAAUGUUGCCCUUUCUCGCUAAACAUGAGACCAAUCAGAAAUUGUGAUCUGAUUGUGGGCAGGAUACACUUCCCUUCAAGCUGCAUCUCUGCGUGUUUAGUUAAAACAGAGAAUGUUAGUAAAAGGAGGAGAUUUUUUUAGUUGCACAGGUGUGUUUAAGAAGGAAAUCAACAGGCAUUUCAUCGUGUGUGGUCCUUUGAUCAUACCCAUCUUAGUCCCCCCCAUUCUUCCUCUAACUUCCAUAGACACACUCCCACACACCCCUGUUUGCCCUCCUUCCUCUCUUCUCACAUCUCCUACACUCCUUCCCACAAGUCACUUGACAAAUAAGCUGCCCACAGGUGUUUCUGGGCCCCUCUUCUCAGCUGGCCCUUCCCCCACGGCAUGGGAAUGGGGGCGACAUGACCAUUGUUCACAGCUGCUUCUGUCAACGUGAACUCCACCUCCUCCAUCCUCCUCAGCGCAGCAGGACACAGUGCCACCCCACAACUGGGAAUCCAGUCAUAACCACAGCGCCGGCUCAAGGUCUUGGCACGCUGAGGCCGAGCGAAUCAAACAAGCGGAGGAUAUUGUCUGCUGAGCCCUGAGAACUGGAGUCUCCCAGUCUGGAGAUCAAGAUAAAGGAGGCUCGCUGCUCUAAUAUCAAACAAUGAAACUGGUUAUGAGUUCUGAACACAGAUAUAUCAUUGUGUCUGACAUUGCGUCUGACCGACUGUAAACAUGUGACUCUCCUUAGACUUCCUAGAGGCAUGCGCCCUGUUUGGAUGUGAAAUACAGGGCAAGUUUGUUGUGAAAAUACACGUGUCUAAGAUCUGUCAGACAUGUCAAUGAGGCAGCUGUAAAGGUGAAAAUAUUUUCAACAUUUGACCCCCAUAGACUGUUUGACAUGCACACAACAGUACAGGCUAUUGAUGGGCAAACUAAGGAUAACAUAUUUGUUUGCACUGAACGCCAUUUCAUGAUUGAAGGUUAUUGCUUGAUUGGCGUUGGGUUUGCAUUGGUGUUAUUUCUAGUCCUGACAAGGAUACAGUUUUAGGUAUUGGCAGGUAUGUCGUUUAACGUACCAAUCACUUACCAUGACUAAUGUCCCUAAAUAAAUCAGCUGGUUUUCAGGAAACAACCUUAAAUUAACGCAUUGAUUGUCAACUCUUACCAGCACUGCAAACAUCGUCAGUGUGUCCUGCUUCUGUGUUUUGUCUGUUACCUUGAGAUUGUGGAGGUGGAGGAUAUAAUAAUCAGUGCUGUGAUAACUCAAGCUAAAGCCCACAUGUGCUUUGUUUGCUCCCCGUCCCCGUCGCUGUCCUCCUCCACAAGUUUCCCUCCCCCACCCCCCUGUUCCUGCCUGCCACUGUCUGACCUGCACUCCCCGUCACCUGCAAGUAAUUGUCCUUCACCCAGCCGUGGAACAUCUACAAAGCUCACCAAGCACACGAUUAACUGAUUACCAAGACAAAACAUUCACAUCAGAAACUCUAAUCUGACUUGAGGAUCUUUUUCUUUUUCAUUUCUUGUUUAAUCUGCUGUCCCGUUGCUGUCUAGCAGCCGAGGAGCAGCUCUCAAAGCUCUGUUUAAGUGAUUUUGUUGAUAAGAUUCCAGGACAGGAUGAAUUCAGAGACCCACACGUAUUCAGACCUUCAUAUCUGUUCUUUUCAUCUUUCCCUUUUCCCAAAACAGCUUCAUGCCUGUCUGCUCAAAUUUUGUUUCACAUAUCAAAGUCAGAUAGCAAACACUGAUAGACUCUCAAAAGUAGAACGUGGACUUAUUAAACAGGUUUUAUGAAAGCUGGAGCAAAGCGAGGUAAUAUUUUAAAGAUAGGAUGUUGAAGAUAUUGAACUUUGUGAGCCAAAUAUCUUGACUCAAAGCUGAACUUGCUGAUACGAAUUUCAGUAACUGAACACUGUUGGUUUUGUGGUUUCUCUUGUAAACAAGAAAGUUGGUUUCCUUAAUUAGAUUCAGGGUUUAGGAAACACCUGGUCCUAAUUCACUUCUUAAACCACCAAAUGUAGAAAAGUAGAAUAGAAAAUGUUGAGUUUGCAAGUCAAUGGCUGAAAAUAUUUCGAAUUAAGUCUGGCAGCAGAUAAGCAAUCAACCUGAACAUGCUCGUCUAUCUGCCAAUUCUUCACUUUUUUGAGCUGAAUUUAAAUAGCUUAGCCUUAAAAUCAGCCUUACAGAUGUGUGCAAAUUGAGUUUUAUGGGAUUUGAGCUGUGUCAGAGACAAAAAAAAGCAGAUUUAAUACUUAACCUUGGAUUUCAGGAAUACUCUGGGAUACACUUUCACCGUAUUUUUCAAAUAACUGCUUGUUAAAUCAAAACAAAUAAAAGUACCUUACUCUAACCCGAUAAAAGUGAUGAAAUUUGGCCUCCGUUCCUUGUGUAUUGGAACUGUUUACAGCCUUCCUGUCUUGACACAUCAAAGUGAUUCAUACAAAAAAUUAUAUCUGUGUUUUAUUAUACCUGAGUAUCCGGCACACUUGUCCUCUGCCACUGCCAACUCAUUGGGGAUCAUUGCAGUUCAGCUGGGGUUAGGGUCAGUCAUUAAAACUAGACUGUGAAGAACAGUUUUGAAGUGAUUGGAGAUGCAGAAUCAGAAUCAGCAGUAUUGGCCAUUGAGUUAUGCUGGGGCUGUGCUCGCCAAUAUACACUGGAAGCAUAAAUACACUCCUCACUCUUCUGCAGAUUGAGUCAAACAUGAAAACACCCUAUGUCAGUGUUCAGUAGAUGGUAAUAUAGCAGAUGUUUUACAUCUUUGAAACCAUAAUUUGUAUGUAACAUAUAGUAGCAUAUGAAAAGACAGGCCAACAUAAUCGUAAAACCAUCAUGACUGCUUUAAAGUCCUGAAAAAAAAAAAACAGGUAGUUAUAUGGGUCGCUGUGGAAACAGGCGUGGUGUUGGACUGUGGGUUUUAUAUGGUUAUGGUACAGCUCUAUGAUUGAACGCCAUCCAAACAACACUGCUUUUGGAUCCUGUGUUUUUAGAUGUGGAGGGGGUAGGACUGGUCUGGGCACGAGGACUAGCCUCUCCUCCUCAUUAACACAGCAGUGCACCUGUGAUCACUCUGAUAUUCUCUUUGAGAGCAUUAAGGUUCUCAGCAGGGGAUUUAGGGGGGGAACUGGGGUUCACCAUUUUGAUCCCAGUGAAAUGGGUGUGGCACGCUCGCCCGACAGCUCGCCUCAUGUCUGGUUGACGGGAUAAAAGGGGAAAGAGUGCACAAAUACGCCUUUGUUGUAGGACGGGCACAGAUUGAAUGCUAAUAAAUUCAGAUACUAACAGAAGCAGAGCCACAAAAAAAUAUCAGAGUUCAAACAAAUGUGAAACAGGAAACAGAGAGAGAGGCCGGUUUAAUUUCUCUGAGGGUUUGUGCGAUAAAGGCGUAGCUUGCAAUCACCAUCAGAGCUAAUUAUGUACAGUUUUUAUGUAAAAUCCUGCCGACUUAAUCAAAUAGAAGAUGAGGUACCCCCGCUGAAUAGAUUCAGUCUGUUUGCAUAAAUGACUGUUCUGUCUUUGGGUGUGAAGCUGAAAAAAGUUUCCUAUAUCACUUCACUGCAGUGUCUUGCUUUGGUCAGUUUUCAUGAAAACUGUAGAAAUAUUUAUGAAGUGCACUUUAGACUCCUGCAGAAAUGUAAUAGAAAACUGGUGGUGGAGGAUUCGCAGCUGUAGAUUUUGCAAACUAUGAUGCGAUGAACUUUGAGGAGUGAAGUGUAUCCUCCUGAAUAUUGCCGACUGUGUUCGCAUCUGCUUACUUGGACUUCUCGCAGACAUUUUGCAAGGGGGCUGAUUUGCUUUGUGAGUCAUGUAGAGGCAUCAGUACUAAUUUCAGUCUGUUUCAUAACCAGUUAGAAGUUCCCCUGAGGAGUAUGCGAGUAUGUAACACCGUCCAGAAAAUGCUUGGCUCCAAGAGCGUAGGCAAAAAGAUGAUCGUUGUGGUCAGACACAAGACCAGAAUGGGACAUUUGGGAGAAGGUGAAAGUAAAAAAACAGCAAAAUUUGAGAGGAAAUAUUUCCCACUCAAAUUUUCUGCCCAAGUUUUAUAACAUCAGCCUCACCAAUGGACCAAAUUAGAGCUGUGGUUUUUCCAGGAGCAGCAAACCCAGAUGUGACGUCAGUUGCUUUACUGUCUAUAUAUUAUGACUACUUCCCGUAUUUAACAUUUGUAAUUGUUGAAGGAGCGCUGACCUCAAUUUUGGUGAAUUUUUUCAUCACUUUUUCAGCAUUUUUUAUUUGGAAACAAGUUACUCAACAUGUACAUCAUGGGGGUUACUGGUUUCGUCAUAAACCUCCCUCAUUGUCAGCUUCCUCACUGUCUGCCAUCUAAAAAGGGCCAAAGUGCUGAAAAAUCGUACAGAGUGUGUCCCAACACGCCUUUAACUGUGACUUUUGUGACUCAAAGUUGGCAGAGCUCUCGGUUUCUGAAGGUUGAAAUGGAAGUGAUUACCUCAGGCCAGCCCUUUCUGCGCGGCGGUUGAGGGAAAGCUGAUUUAGUUGGCAGCCAGUUUGUAGCUUUCAAGGAUAUUCAACACUGUGAUGAUGACCACAGGGGCCGGGAUAAGAAGUCCUUUGUUGGAGUACAGCAGCAAGUCAGCUCGCUGUCGUCAGAGGCUUGAUUUGAAAGAGAGUCACCUAUUUAUAGUGUUAGAAUAACAGCAGAGGCCUCAUACCUGGCACCCCUGACCAUAAAUGUCUCGUCUUUCACACACUUUAAUAUGAUGAGGCGAAGGAAUCACUCUUGUUUCCAGAUUUUGUCUACCUCAAAAUGUAAUUUUGUCCGUGCUCGGUGAAGUAGGAUUACUCUGUGAAAUGGUUCCAAAGCUUCGUACAUUAAGUCGUUUUGAUGUCAGCCUUUCUAGGUCAAGUACGGGGCUUCAUACUUGUGGUUUGUGUUUUGUCAAAACAUCCCAGUCCAUUCAGGGGGGAGAAGAUCUAAUCAUGUGUCCUUGAAUUUAUAUUUAUGUUUUAGAGGGAAACCAAACCAAAUUAUUUUCAGUGUUUCCACAGCGUAGUGGUCAGGCGUAUUUCUGGAUCCUGGAACUGUGCUUACUAUUUUAUCCAAUUUUAACAUCAGCCUGUAUCCAGGCACUUUCCAGGUACUGGGUAAUAAGUGAUCCAUAGUUGUAGUAGCUGGAUUGGGGCUGAUUUUAGCAAACAGAAUGACUACAUAAUAAAUUAAUGUUUGUCUUUCCCCACUUCAUUUCCAGGAAAGCUAAACGAGUAAAAUGAGCUACAUUAAGCUCAUUAACCAAAUUUGUUUUUGUUCCCACUAAAAGCCAAGUAACACCCCCAACCUCCCCUUCGAUGUAGAUACAGUGUUUAGCCUGUUGACCUUUAAUUAGCCAUGGUGUAUCUGCAGAGUAACCUGCGUGCAAGAGCCCAGCAGCUCUGGAGGGGGUCUAUUGACGGGUAGUGGAUGAGGAGGAACAAGCCACACUCACUGCUGAACAUCAGAUACAUGCAUAAAUAAAACAUCCAUGUUUCUCCUUUAAUGAAGUCUCACCCAUCGGGUGAAAUAAUGAAAAAUUAAUGCAGCUGCUGAGGAAGUUGCUAACCAGCAGGAAUGAUUAGCAGUUUUUAAAAGCUAGAUUGGUCGUGAGAAGUUGGAGGAAGCAGUGUAACCCAUAAACACGAGUAAAAUUUCACAUUAAUUACACAGGUAUGUAAAAUGAUUGGCACACAGUAGAAGAGUUUUACAAUCAUAACCAAUUUUUAAAAUAUCAGAGAUCCCUUGGGAUGAUGAGGGAUUACAGAUUUGUCCUGUGGUGUGUGGUGUGCAAUGAUAUGGUGAAUACAGUGUGAUUAUAGUCUCGACUGUCAGAACUAGAAAUCUCACAAACUCUGUCAAAAAAGACUUUUGAUUAAAAACACAUGAUGGACCACAGGAGGAAACCUUCUGGUCCAUCUACUGCUGUUACAACUUCUUUUCAUCUCCUCCCAAGUUCAGUUGUGAUAUUUUUUAAAGAACAAGUUGUGUAAACACUCGUGUGUUGCCGUGUAUCUUUCGGUGAUGUUUCUGAUGUCCAUAAUUCAUUCUGACAUUUAUGCUACCUGUUUACUCUUGCUGCAUUGUCAUUACUUUUGCUAUCCCUUUGGCUGCUUCCCUCUUAUCGUAAUCAUAAGAACCAACCUGUAAGCAGGCCUUAGUCAGGCCCACAUCAGCCAACUGUACCACACCAGUGAUCAGAGACCUCCGAUAUAUUCAAACAAAAACUCACUGUCCUCCUCUGCAGAUGGUUUUCACAUCACUACUAUGUAAGUGCACUGCAGGUGAAUAAGACUCUAAAAAUAAACCCUCUGUGGUCCUGUAAGCUUAGCAGCCUGUAUGUGUACCCCAACAUGAGCGGGAUAGCUCUGUCCUCAAUCCUAGUUUUGUUUAAUAGAGAGUUUUUCAGGUACCUGUGCUCAUGUCUGCAGUCUUGUGGCGCACAGAUACAUAUGCUUUCUAUGUGUUUUAAUAAAGGGCUGCAUUAAAGUGAUAUCAGAUAGGAAUUUAUGGUAGAUUAAUCCUGAAACAGUAGAGAGUGGUAUUGUGUAAACGUCACAAAUGAUUUAUUAUUCAGCCCUAUAGCUGCUUGACAGUAAUGAGGAAAGAUUUAGCCAAAUUCUUGUUACAGCAGCUCUGAUUGCUCGGUACUUUCUAUAAUCUAAACAGCUUUAAAACACUUUUCCAGAUCUUUCUGAGUCAUCCUCUUCAACCUCUAGUUCUGGGCGAUCGUUUUGCAGAAAAGGUGGUCCGUGCAGCCAGACUAGCACUGCCUUGUGUCCCCUUAUUUACAUGAACAAAGUUUGCAUAUGCAAACAAAGGUUAUCUGCAAUAUUUACUUUGAGAUUAAGAGGGAGUAAACCAAACUCUUGUAAAUGUAAAGUCCUGUGCAUUUCCCAAAAGUCUCGACCUAAGUGAGUCCCCCUAAACAGAACUCUGUGGCAGGUCCCGAGCUGGAGCUGUGAGGUGCUCUGUUGCUUGAAUGAGGGGAUCACUGAUGCAGAGAGAGGUGCCUUUGAGGAGAUUUGCAGCACUUCCUUAUCUCUCCGUGUGAAAGAAUAAAACUAGGACCCUCCUCUGCCACUGACUGUCACCCAGGGAACAAGCCGCUGGGAGAUUUGUGCCAGAUUCUGCUCCUGAAAGCGCGGCUGCAUCAGCGGGACAAGGAGCUCUCAUCUCCACUGUAGGGCUGUGUGCUUUCACUGUGUGUGCGGGUGUGUGUCUGCGCCCUUUGAUGUCAGGCAGUGCAGUGUCCCCCAGGUGUUCAGCACCAGACUAGGGUUAUGUAUUGAGAAAUCCCCCUCCCUGUCAUCAACACUUACAUGCUAGCUUUUUACACCCUCUGCUCUCUGUGGAGGUGCACUCAAGUUUUAUUCAGAGACUCUGCAGCUCCUGGAAAUGCAGCUCCACUUUCACACUUCCACAUAAGUAGUUUCAAAAGAGCUGAUAUAUUUCUUUUUUUUCUGCUUAGGAUGUAUCUUAUAUAUCUUGUAAUAAAAAUAUGAAACUGCAAAUGCAAAAUAUAGUUUAUCUGGUGGUCUUUGACUUUCAUUCUCAUAUUUUUACAUCUUAAGACCCCAGACACCAUACUUUAUGUCAUUACAGCAUUAUACACUCAUGAAACUAUUUCUGUCUUUAGUUUUUUAAUACUCUCCUAUAAACCAGCCUGAGGGGACCACUGGACAUGAGAGUUUAUAGAUCAUUUAUUUCAGGACAUUUUAAUGUGCCCAGAAGCAUUCAGUCUCAUUUCAUGGCUCAGCAGUCAUGUGAGGGAUUAGGGUUUGGCCCGGUAAAUGAGGCUGGUUUGUUGUGUCAGAGGUGAUUUGCACUCUUAUCUGUGCUGGAGCUGCAGAUCCACUGGACCCCUAAGCUGACAGCCUUAAUCAAACGGGAAAGCCAAUAAUGGUGACCACUUAAGUUAGCGUCUGAGGGUAUUGUCUGUGUUGCAGACGCAUAAUGAGCCACUGUAUGCAGAGGUUGUCCUGAUAGCAUCCCCCUCAUUAUGUGUGUUAUUGUCUAAUUUGUGUUGUGAGAGCAUUGUGUGGCUGUUUGCUUUGAAUGAAAGGACAGGAAACUAAUUUGUUUGUCAUUAUGUAGUCCUCCAACACUGUGACAUGCCUGCCUGCUUCAUAAACGUUUAGUGACAAUGUAAACGUUCAGAUCAUUACUGUGUAAAUAUAUGAACUGGAAAAAGAAGAUUGUACACAACAAGAUCAUGUUAAGUUGUUAGCAGCAGGUUAGAGCUAUAAAUGAGUGUAUGUUGCUUCUCCUUAAGCAGGAAGUUGUGCAUGGGUAGAAAGUAAGAAAGGAAAGUGACGAGGGAAGGUCACAUUAGAAAAUGUCAGAAUAGGAUUUUUGCAGAAAUCACAAAGUCUUCUUGCUCUGACUGGAUUUUGAUUUGAUUUGAUAUGAUAUAGGGGAUCCACAGAGGAGGUAAAAGUCAGGCUUGUACAAAAGUUCUGUUUUAACAAGUAAGUGAGAAGACACUGAAAAAUUUAAGAGAAGUAGAAACUUUGACUUGUUGAUGGCUCCUGAGGGAAAUACAGCUCACUAAAGUCAGUGCAGUUUAUCCCCUGGGGAACAUGAAUGGCAGUGCAAAAGUUUGAGGCAGUACCUUCAGUGAAAAUGUCAUCCAUCCCUGACUGAAGAGAUGAACUGACUGACCAGCAAAUGAUGCAUGCUGCAUCCCGAGAGUCACACUAACACGGCUAAAAAUAGCAGGUACUAAAAGCUGACAUUGUCCGGACGGAUUUGUCGUCUUAACUGUGUGGUUAUUGAGUUUUUCAUUGGCACUUUGAAAGAAAAAAACUGGGGCGUAAGUUGGUGAUUAUACUCACAAGAUUAAAUAUGAGAUUUCACUUUCAGUAAGGUGUUUUUACGCUGUGUCAUAGAAAUAUUGAGAAUAAGAGCUCUUUAAGUGCUGACACUUGACCACAGGCUGCAAAUAUUAAGAAACAAUCAGUCUUCUGAGCUUUUAUGUAACCUCCUUCAUAACAAAGAGACUAGGGCUCGUAUUUUAUUGUGAUGCUUGUGACGCUACAGCCUCUUUCUUGUUGUGCUCAUACUGUCCCUCUGCUCUGGAUACACACCACCCUCCUCUCUCCUCCUCCUCCUGCUCCUUUCCCUGCUCUCCUCUCUCCACAUGUGGCUGCCUGAAGAUACACUCCACUAUUGAACCUAGCUGUAGUGUAGCUGCAACUUCCUCGCGCUCCCAAACUUUAUUUCUUAUUGAUCCGAGCUGCUUAUCAUGAAGUGAAAGUGGGAGCAGUUUGAGGGGAGGGGCCCGCGCCGACACUCUGCUGCUGAGGAAGAGUGGGAGGGGGCGCUCCAUUUAAGAUAUGAGUCGUGACAGGGUCAUCAUAGCAAUAAUGAACAGUCAGAAUUAUCAUAUUAUUAUGGUUUUAAUCUAAAUUAAAAUCUACUUAAUCACCCAGCACUAGCAGAUAUGAACAUUUCUGCUGAUAUAUCAUCACAGAUAAAAUUACAGGCAGAAAAAUUGACGGGCAGAAAAACUGACAGGCUAAACUUUUGUUUCCAGACACGCGGUUGUGGUUCAUGACUGAGCAGAAGUACAGACAGAAGAUGCAUUACUUUUUAUCUAAAUUUGAAAAACACAUUUAAUUUAAAUGUUGUUUGUCUUGUUUGUUUGGUUCAAAAUAUUGACAUAUUAGCAAAAAUCUGAUAUUAUUGAAUAUUUGAGAAAUUUGUCUUUACGUUAGAGGUGUAGUCCUCGAUAUUAUAAGGAUAUAUACGCAGCCAGUGUUUUGGUAUUGGCACUUAAACAAAUUUUACUGGCACUAUUGCGGGUUUUUUCCAAGCCGUGCUCAGCCCUGCUGUUAUUUUUGGCAGGUUAACGGCGCCCUAAUCGUUCUCUGGAUCACAGAAUAGAGAUUUAGAGAGUUAUGUAGGGAAGGCAAGAAAAAUGCAGAGCACUUCAACACUACACACAGCUUAUCAUGAUGAUCUCCAGUUGUGGUUCGAUUCCUGAUAUGCACCCUUUUUAAAACGAUGUGAGAUGUUGCAGCAGCAUUUCCAGAAUGUUCAAUCUCGUUAAAAAGUGAAUAUAGUCCCAGAAAUAAAGCUGUGUUUAUGCUUCAACUGGGUAAAGUCUCCUUCCCGGCCUCCUCUCCUGCUCCCUUCUCUGACAGGCCAUUUGGGGUCUUGUUGCCAGUCACAAGCCUGGUCCUGUCAACACAUCCAAAUAUUCUGGAGUGCUGUGUUUUUUUUUCUCCUGAAUGAAUUAGCUCAGUAUCAUCUGGGCCCAGACAGCAGACAGCCACAAAUAUAUGCACACACACACACACACAUACACACACAGACGCAGCCAGACAGACAGACAGCAGUUUUGGUAGUCAGGCUCCACAGAUCAUGGGUCAUGUGUGUUUGUGCCAAAGUCCGUGCAGCAUAAAGUCACAACAGGAACAGAUAAGACCGGUCCCAGGUUGGCUUUGGAAGCUAAAUCCCCGGCAGCCCCCUGGUGCUAAUCGGAUUAGCUGAAAAGUUAGCAGCAUGGCCCCAAAGAGACACAACAUUUUUUACACUGACUUCAGUGACAUAUUUCGUUCUCAAGCCUCCAUAAUCUGCCUCUUGUCUCUGAGCCUUCUCACGUCAUCUUUUGUCACCAUAAACAACAACUUCAGUACGCGAUGAACUGUUUUUAACCUUUAGCUCAGAGAUGGAGAAGCAUCCUUUGGCCGACUUGUGGGUGCGGUUUGUGUGUCUGUGUCUGUGUGAGAGGGGGGAUCUGGUCCACCCAGGUGGGGGAACAAUGGCAUGCCCGUUUUCUUGAAAGGAAUGGUUGGCUGCGCUUAGGCUCAAGAAAAGAGGGAGGGGAAAAAAUGAGUUGUGAAAUGAUUGGAGCUGAGCUUGUGGGGGAGACAGGGGGAUGAUGGGGGAGCAGCCGGCUGAAUGGGGGCAGCAGGGUGGUAACUGGACUCUUAAAGCUCCUUUCAUGCUUGGUCUGUUUCAACCAACGCUGAAAACACAUACGAGGACACUGGGGUCUGGCCCUUUUUGCUUAUUGUUUUUCCUUUAUUUUCUUUCAUGAACAGUCAGACUAAAAACGGUGGUUUUCAGGCUUUAAUGAGUGACCGUGUGCUUUUCUUUUUUUAAAGUGUCUGACCUCUUCACUUAAAAACUUAGCCUCUGUUUAUAUCAGAGAUAUUAUAGUUACUGACUGUCUGUUAAAGCAAUUAAGUACAUUUACUGAAGUGACAAAAUAAGCUGUACUACAUUUGCGCCAUCCGACAUUUGUAAAUCACAAAAGACAGUGUAAACAGAGGUGAGAAAGUUAAUUCCUUAUUCCUUUUUUCUGCUCGUACUUAGGUUUUCUUGUGACUAACACAUUUAAGGGUACUAUUAUUUCUCUAUGCACAGGACUUGGGCCGAGAGCACCACUUGGGUGUAUGGAGGGCUGGGCGGCUGGGCGAUAUGGGAACAAGUCUAUCACAAUAUAUUUUUUUAUAUCAGUUGAUAUCAAUAUAUAUCACAAUAUAAAAAAUGAAAUUUAGCAGUGCUUAUUGGUAUCAUGUCUUUUGCAAUACAAUAAGCUACUGCGUCUGUGAGGUCUUUGUGUCUCUUUGACUUUUGCCGUAAGGCGUUGCGUUAGAGAAAGCGGACUGAAUGGUCAGCUGUUUGGCUGCACAGGCGCCAUGAGCUCCUUGCUCAGCUCAAGGUUUGUAACCUUUUGCAUUGCACAUGCUCUGCUGCUUGGUACUGCUUUAGGUGGUGAAAAAGAUUUGAGGUAUUCCCCGACUUUGUGAGAACAUGUACUCCACAUAAUUUGCAGUGCACAUUACUCUGCUUCAUGUCAGACCUCAAAAAAAACAAAAUACCUCCACACCACCGACAUUUUUGUGCCAGUGUUGUUGACAAUGUCAUCAUUUGUUGAGCCUUCAUCUGCAUUUCUGCCGGGGAUAGCACUCAUUUUCUUUUUUACUCACCGACAGUGCUGUCAGCUUCACGUGUUAAAGUUUUAUGGUUGUAGCUGCAGCCUGCUACUACGCAGUUGUUUGCUACUUGGUUCUAAUUCAGCACAUGAUGGCAGAAUGCUGACUAUCGAUGCUGACUAUUGAUUUUUGAUAUAUAUUGUUAUAUAUCCAUAUAUAUUUUUUUAUGUUUUUGGUCAUGUUAUCCCCACCGUCUGCAGGUAUCUUGGUUUUAAAAAAGAGAUUAGAAGUGUGCAGCACUCAUGGCUUGGGUUGGCGAAAGUUCAUGCAAAUGUAAAACUGGACCCAACAACGAUUGGUCUUGUUUUUGAUUGAAAAAGUACGCGUAGCUGAGAUUGACUUUACCAAUUUAGUUGAUGCCCAGCUUGUGCACUCUACUCUGUGUUGUGGUAUUCCUGUCUUAGAAGGUAUCAAGCUUUUAAAGAGUAUCUGGUUUGAGAGAGACUGAAAGGGAGAUACUUGGAGAGAUCAACAAUAGUGGCAACAGCGGUCCUCGUUCUGUAGUUCUGAACAAAAGUCCUGUGGACAAACAUAAAAAAUCAAAAGCCAAGAGUGAGUACAAACAGUUGAAGUGAGAAAGGGGAGCAAAUUAGUCACUGCCAACACCACCUGACAGAGAAGAGGAGAGGAAGUAUCCCUACCGUCUUGCAUAACAACUUCAAAACAGAAAAGUCUCUUUUUGUGCCAUCUUGUUUCUCUUUGUCACUAUGUGAGCGGGCCCUUCUGUGCCAGCAGCCAAGUCCAACAUGGCUGAAAACACUCUUGGCUCUCUGAAUCAACAACCCAGUGUCAAACUGGCUCGCCUUCUCAUGCCUGCAUUCCCCGGAUGAUGUCUAGGGAACUGUUUUUCUGGCCAAGAUGUGGUUUUGUGGCUACAGUCAGCCAUGCAGAAGGAGGAUGAAAAUUAUGCCAUGUGGACAAGUAGCCUUUUCUUCUUUGUUCUUAUAACAUGGCAGCCCGGCUCCAACUCGGCUUAGGCAGAGAGAGUCACUCAUCUGCCAAGCACAAUGCACUUACAAUCAAAUUAAGGUUUAAAGGUCAAAAUUGCAGUAGGAUUUAGGAAAGAGAGAGCCAAUUUUGUGAUGAAUUAAAACAGCUCCAUGCCUCCGAACAGUUCAAGAAUAAUACAUGACCACGCCAGAGUACCUGCAUAAAAACAUGAGGAUGAUUUAUGUGCAUUUGUGUGUGUUUUUCAGUCUGGGCCAAAGUGGAGGUGACUAUGCAUGACAGUGUUGAGGUUUACCUGGGUGACUUGGCGCAGAUUCCUUGCCAGUACAACUUCACCGACACCGACGACCAGCCCAGCUUUGUCAUGAUCCAGUGGUUUGUGGUGAGUACGCCUGGACCUGCUGUGAAAACUAACACUGCCAGUCAACCGCGCACGUAUGGACGAGGAACAUGCGCAUUAAGUCAGUCAUUUAGAUAAUGAUAAGGUCGCUCAGAGCCCAGAUUGUGGCGUACUUUCCAGUCUAUCAUGGGAAUGAAACAUACUGUAGACACAGACAAGCAAGUUUACACUAACAAGCACAAAAGUUGAUCUAACAAGCAUGUCUUUGGACUGUAAGGGGAAGCUGAAAAGACAUCAAGCAGAGGGAGUAAUGCAACUGAAAGUAAUGUUAUAAUAAUUUAUACAGAAUGUAAAAACAGGAAAAGUAAACCAAAAGAAGAGGCUGAUUGACAAACCAUUUUCUAGAAAUAUCUGUAGUUUUUGCUUCUUCCACAUGUUUUCCAUAUCCUCUACAUCUGCGCUAAAGGGCCAGGAUUUCUAGCUGCAUAUAAUGAGACUGACUGCAUAAGGAUUUUAACUUUUAUGAAAUAUCAAAGUAAGUUUCAGAGCAAAGAGCAGAUGUUUUAGAUCAUUCAGCUAAAUGUUAUGUAGUUAAUGAGGGAGGCACUUGCACUGUAAUGACUCAGAAAAACAAACUCUGGAUCCAAAAGCAGAAGGUUCAGACUUUCUGAUGGUGAAAAAAAAAGUAAUUUGGUGUGAGGAGGCUGGCAGAAGUUGACGAAAGGUAAGCCAUGACAUCUGGGUAUAAAAAGCUUGUAAGCAAAAAUCCAAGGGUCAAAACCAGGACAGAUGAAAAACAGAGCGCACGGCGGAAAGCUUCGGCUGCGAUGCUGCAAAAAGUGAAGGUGGAAAUGAGCGAACGCAUCAAAAAAGAGCCGGGUAAAUACUGGUGUGACUGGGAGUUCCAGUUUAAGUGAGCAGGAUCAGGCAAAGUGAAGAUCUAUCACUGUCUGACACCAUGACAAGUGUGCUGAUAACAAGAGAAAUCGAAACAAGAUCACCCAAAUAGACUGACCUUCAUUCAAUCAUUACUCAGCAAGCGACAGUUGAUAGAUUGCACUAGUAUUUAGUCUGAGAAAAGUUCAUUAGAGACGCGUGUCAGAUUGUCUUUGGAUUAAAAAAACAAACGAGAGAUUUCUGAAGGUGAUAAAAUAAGAGAUUAAUGGCCCAAUCAGUCACAGUCUUUGUGGGACGUGAGAGGAAAGUCUUAUUUCUGCUGCAUCCUUCCUGAAAGCAAAUACAUAAAGUUUCCACCAAAGCUCAGAGUCGAUCAAAAGAUGAAUCGAGUGCUCUUCCUGUUUUGCAGAGAGUUGUAGGAGGCAGCUCACGGGUUCGGAUCUUCUACCUUGAUGCCAGACAGCAGAUAGCGGACAACAACACAGACUACACCGGUCGCAUUCUUGUGACUUCAGACCAGCAUGGAGUCCAACUCAACAUCCUCAAGGUGGAGCUCUCCGAUCAGAGGGAGUUCUUCUGCCAGGUUAACGGUAUGGCUGCGGGGAACGCCGAAGGCAAGACUCACCUCAGGGUGUUCGGUAAGGAAGCCCGCAGACGAAAAACUUCAAUGAAGAUUCGAAGUCUGAAAAAAAAGGGAUCAGCUUUGAAUGUUUUCUUAUCUUAAAUAAUUGAAUUGACUUCUUUUUACUGGUUCAGCUCCUCCAGAGGCUCCAGUGAUUGAGGGAGUCCUGAGUGGAAUAUCUGUGACCAAUGAGGUGCCGUCAAAGGUGAGUUCAAUUAAAAUAAGAGACAUAAAAAAGCAUUUAUCCUUAGCAUUACCAUUAAUUGCUCCUUGGCCUAAUUUUGAACACUUAAGUUUACACGUGUGACUCUUCCUACAGGUUGCGUCAUGUGAGGCUCGAAACGGCUUUCCCAAACCCAACAUCACCUGGUACAGGAACGGGGAACCGCUGGUACCUGAACCAGGAUGUAAGAGCAAACUGUGAAUGAGUUUUUGUUUUAGUCUCAGACAGUCUGCUGCCUAUCUCAGAGUUGUUUUCAUUGUGUUAUUGUCAUCUGUUUUGUCAAAAUUUUAUAAGAAAGUGCAGCAAGAAAGAGGAAAAUACCAAAAUCAUUAGCAGCACUUGAAGCCUGUUUCUUUAGCUGUUGCUCAGUCAGUCCACCACUUUGGUCUGCACUGAAACAUCUAAAAACAGAUGAAAACAGAUACUUCAGGAUAAAUAUGUCUAAACCAAAAUCCAUGCUGACAUAAACACUGGAUUAUUACGAUUAUAGAUCAAAUAUUUAGUAUGUGCUCAUGCUGAUACAGACGGCCCCAAACAGCAACUCUUCGUCUGUCAUGAAUGAAUGAUCUAGUUCGGCUCAGUUUGGCGGAUAAGGUGCAGUCAAAAUCACAUGGAUGAAUUCUGCAGGUGCUUUAAUGAUGAUGAUGAAGUUCAUAGUAAACGACAGAGAGAAAGAGGAGAGCAUUAAAAAUGAAUGAGUCCUCCCAAAAGUGGGGCGUCUCUGUGGAUUCAAACUAAAGGCACAGAGAGGUCACUCCUUCACUCUCUUCUUUGGCACUAUCCCCGUCUCCUGAAGACAUAAUGAAUUACAAACAAAUCACUAUUAUUUCGUUAAGCAGUCCCUCCACAGCCUGCUUCUCACUCUCUCUCGCUGCCUCAGUGAGUGGUAAUUAACAAUUUUUAAUCUUGUAAUGUGUUUGGCAGGAAAUUGAACUUUUUAAUUUCACGCUCACACUUUUGUUUUGUCUUUUACAAAACCGUAGAAUAGCUUUUGUUUGUCCUCUUGAAGCAGUUGAUAUUUUUCGCCUCUGAGAUUCGUUUCUCCGUACCAAUGUCAACCCCCUUUUCAUACUCUAGAUGUGAACGUGCUGAUCCUGGUCACCCGGGAGUCCGCUGGUUUCUACUCGCUCCAGAGCACUCUGGAGUACAAGGUGGUCAAAGAGGACAAAGACGCUCAUUUCUCCUGCGAGGUCAGCUUCUUCGUCCCCGCAGCCAUCAGGACAGUGGAGUCCAGCAGAGUCAACAUCACUGUUCACUGUGAGUUACCGCUGAGACUUGCCUUGACAGCAGGUGAAAUCCCAGCACUGCACAUUUGAUCAGCUGUGGGUCCAAGUAGUAUAGAGUUCAAGCAAACACUCAGGCUUUUAGUAAGAGAUCCAUUUUUGUCUUUGCUCACCAUUCACAUUCAAACCCAAAAGCUACAGAGGCCUGACAUUUGAUUUCGCUAAUUCCCUCACUCACGCCAAACCGAUUUUGGGCCAUUUUGUAUCUUCCAGAGUUUUCCAUUUCCUAAGUCCUCCUGACUGACUUGCCAAACAAAACCACAUUAGCCAAUAUCUUUGAAAACGUGUACAAAUAUAUCAAAUUUAGUUGAUUUGACUCCUACCUGCAUAAAAUGAAAAGAUGGAAUUUGGAAUUUAAGGUUAAGCUGGUUACGUUUGGCAGUGAGGAGUACGUUUUUUUGUUAAAUAGUGUUUUGUACUCACGGCUGGUACACGGGCAGGAUAAGUCGUACUUUUUCAGCUGUGAACUUUAUCAACGAUGUGUCGAGUCAGGUUUUUAAAAGCUAAUCAAAGGUCAUGAGUUUUGUCGCGGUUUUUACGAUAUAGCUAAUCAUCUUAAAUAGCUGUAGUAGAUAUCAUCUCUAUCAAAAGAAGAUCUGUAUAUUUACCUCCAUAACAAGAGCCAAAUCUCGGCAUCAGCGGUUGAUGAUGCUCAUGUGAAAUCCAGUCAUCAUCCCAGAAAAACACAACAACUCAAGGGGGUCACCACAAUGUCAACACAACAUGAUUGUUCCCCACAGUGUCUUUAACCCUUCCGGAACCUUUAGAUUUUCCUCCCUCUAAAGUCCCUCGUGGCUGUUAAAAGCCACUUUUUCUGUCGGCUGUAAAAUCAUAUUAGAUUAAUAUUUUUUUCUGAUUUUUUUUCACAAAUUUCUUAUUUUACUUCUGCCCUGUUCGAAACUAGCAAAUGUUUCAUUGAAAACAUUUUUUUUAACCCUUAAAGUGCCAAUUUAAGACAAAAAGUCACAAAUUUAGCAAAAAUUGAAGGAAAAUGACCCAUUUUUUUUAUAAAACAUGAUCAGAAACUAGUAAUCUCUUGCAGGGUAUUAAAGUCUUAAAUAUGUCAGAGAUUAGUAAUAUAAUUUACUUAUAUGCAUUUUCAGUUUUUUUGUAGCAUCAGAUUUAAUGAAAAACUGCCUUUUGCGCCUCCCAGUGGCCAAAACUACUUUUUCUGCUGUAAAAUCAUAUUGGAUUAAUAUUUUUUUCAGAUUUUUUUUAUACAUUUCUUAUUUUACUUCUGCCCUGUUCAAAACUAGCAAAUGUUUCAUUGAAAAUAAAAAUUUUUCCCCUUUAAGGGCCAAUUUAAGACAUAAAGUCACUUAAAAAGCAAAAUAAUGGAAGGAAAAUGACCCAUUUUUUUAAUAAAACAUGAUCAAAAACUGGUAAUCUCUUGCAGGGUAUUAAAGUCUUAAAUAUGUCAGAGAUUAGUAAUAUAAUUUACAUAUAUGCAUUUUCAAUUUUUCUGUAGCAUCAGAUUUAAUGAAAAACUGCCUUUGGCGCCUCCGAGUGGCCAAAGCUACUUUGUCUGCUGUAAAAUCAUAUUGGAUUAAUAUUUUUUUCAGAUUUUUUUUCAUAAAUUUCUUAUUUUACUUCUGCCCUGUUCAAAACUAGCAAAUGUUUCAUUAAAAAUAAAAAUUUUAACCCUUUAAGGGCCAAUUUAAGACAUAAAGUCUCUUAUGAAGCAAAAAAAUGGAAGGAAAAUGACCUCUUUGCUUAUUUGCUUACUAAUGGAAACAUGUUAUUGUCAAUAAUAGCGUUAUAAGCUGCAUUUCCCUUCACCUAAAUGAGUCACACUGUUUUUGUGUCGAUCUGCUGUGUGACACAGUUCACAGAUACAGACAUAGACUAGAACCUGCACAGUCAACGCUGUCAGCUUUAUGGAAAUGGUGUUUUAAAAUGACUUUAGCAGCUCUCUGAAUAAGCCUGUCUAAUUUGAUUCUGUGUGUGUGUGUGUGUGUGUGUGUCCCCAUCCGUCCAGACCCCACCACCAUGGUGGAGCUGUGGAAGGACUUGCCCCAGGGCCUGGUCAAAGAGGGGGAUACUGUGGAGCUGCGUUGCCAGGGUGAUGGCAACCCCCCACCUCCCUUCAUUUUCAGCAGAGAACAAGUAAGAAUGGCCGGCUUUUUCUGGCUCUCUAAAAGUCCCCCAGAGAGAAAGGGUGACACACGGGAGACAUGUAGGGAAUGUUUUUGAUAUGCAGAGCUCACAGGGCCCCCAUGUAGACAUGAGUGUGCACGGUUUGAGAAAGCCCUGUCAGCUCUGACCCUGCAGAUGUGGGACCGGAGGCCACGCUGACAAGGGCUCAUGGGUAGCACUCAUUCCCAUGUCAGACACACAGCCAUUGUAUGAGGGCACAAUACAGAAACCCAGCUGACGGCCAAUUCGACUUCUUCUAACGAGACACUCAUGGUGAUUUUGCUAAGUGGCUCUUAAAACCCUGAAUAAAGAGCCAAAUGCUGCUGUGAAAAACGUCAAUUUCUGACUGUGUUUUAUGCUUUUUUUCUGUCGUCCUUCUGAUCUCGUUUUUACUCUCAACUAUGUCCGUUUGGAUAGUUUAUAUUUAAGUCCUGCAUGCAUCCCAGUCUUAAGUCAGGAAAUUGAUGUCUUAAUGGCUUAAAUUAUGUAAGAUCGGUUUCUGCAGCGUAAGUCAUCCUCUGAAAAUAACUUUCAGUGUUGUCAUCUUUUAUUCGCUAAGCGGAAAGUGAUGAAUUCGAGUGUUUUUGGAUAACAUGGCAGGAUUUUUUGGCCUGUUUCAUUGUUCUCCAAGGAUUACAUGAUUCACCAGUGGGCGGAUUUGAAUCACCACCCGUUUUCUACCCACAGGACCUCUUUAAACCGAACUAAACCAAAGAAACUCAGACAUUUAAUGAUAAAGUCUGUAACUGCUAGAUAUCUGAUGUGUGACGUAUGAAAGUUGCUUAGUUUCACAUCAUCCGAGCGAGACUUUCUUAAAUAACUCGAUGUCGAUUGAGGAAGACUGAGGAAGUUGUUUUUGUCGUCGCAGGAGCCAGAUGUGGAGCUAGAGAGCAACGGUGACGUGUUGAUCCUGUCGCCAGUGUCACGGAAGGACAGCGGCAUCUACCAGUGUCGGCCUCUGGAGUCCGACAGUGACUCCGACGUCAAAGGAGAGAUGCAGCUUCCUGUGCACUGUGAGGAGCCGUCACACACACACACAUACAAUCAGAACAUCGGGAAACACAAACAAAAGAGACCAAAGACAGAAACAGCUCAAUCUAACAUUUUGACACAGCCGAACUUUCCCAUUUAUGCUAUAACAAUCAGCACCUACCCCUACCAGUUUUCUUUAGUUUAUUUAAUUAUAUUUAGUUCAUUUUAUUUUAUUUAUGCAUUUAUUUUUUGUAUUUUGUUUGCUUGUAUGUUUUGCCUUAUUUUUGGAGAUAUGUCGAUUUGGUUACUUUUUGGUUGUUAUUUACUUUCUGUAUGUUAAAAAAAAAAAAAAAAAAAAAAAGGGAAGGAAGAGAAAAAAAAUGUAAGGUAUAAUAUUGUAAAAUGAAAGCCUGACUAUGUUUGUGAAAGAAAGAAGCCUUGCAAUAAAGUAGUAAAAAAAAAAAAAAAAGAAAAAACAAUCAGCACAGAGAAUAAGGAGGAUAUUCAACCCAAGUCUCUAAGAGAAAGUGAUAAAAUUAUUCCAACUUAAAAAAUGAUUUCUCUCCAAACUUUGACUUUAAGUCGUGUUUCUUUUUUCCUUUUCUCAUCGCGCUCAGAUUUGGACCCGGCUGUGGUGGUGCCUAAAGAUUCUGAGGUCAUGCUUAAAGGAGAGGAUCUGACUGCAUCGUGCAACGCUCUGUCCUCCCUGCCAACACACACAGUUUGGUACAAGGUAAUUUACACAGUGGAUAUUAUAACAGAUUAGACUUGAUGGAUUUCAAAGUUAUUCGAUCAUAUUUAUAAAAGGUGGCAGCCGGUACUUUUCUCUAUUUCCCUGAUCAACCUGCAGCAAUGUUUCCUGUUGUCUAAGCUUUUAAGUGGACUCCAUGUGGGGACUUAGAAAAUCCUAUGAAAGUGUGAAUCCACUCUAUAGAUUUUGAGAUAUUUGUUAAGGACCAACGAUGCAUUGUGAAUACUACCUUCCUUCCUUUGAGCGACAAAAACUUCCUCAGACCGAACUCAAAGUGCCAGCCUCACCUGUUCAUGUGUGUUUGAAUGCGUCUCUGUCUGUGUUUGCAUAGAAUGGGCAACAGGUGGGUAAGGGGAACACAUUGCACCUGCGGGACGCCACCUAUGAAACAUCAGGAGAGUACGUGUGCGAGGUGACAGUUCCCACCCUGCCUGCCUUGCACACCAGCGGCUCUGUUCACAUCAUCGUCCAAGGUCGGUCUCCUCAUCUGUUUCAGUUCACUUUCUGGUGAUCCAAACUAAAUACUUAUUUUAGAGUCCGUUACAUUUUGAAACACAGCCGAAGCCCUGAUUUAAUUGUGCAAUUAGGUUAGUUUCCAUCCAUAUUUUUGCGCUUGAGUGAUGUGUUGGAAAUCUGUGUUUUGAAUACAAAUAUCUGUCUUUCUCUUCCCGACCGACACAAAACACUAAAUUUGCAAAAGGACCAGAGCGUAGAAGGAUAUAGUUUCUCCACAGCCAUGACUGAAACGUGCCCGCUUUGUCUCUUUUUGAAACAAAAAGCGUUUGCCAAGACAGAACUGCCUUUCAAAUCUGACAAACAAGUAAACCGUCAGCCGCCAGAAUCUGUCUCACAGCUAUCUCUCCAGACCGCAAGUUGGUGUCAAUCCGAGGCCAGGACAUUAGUCCAUGUUAUCUAAACACUGUAUGUAAAAGAGCUCGGUCUGCCAUGUGCUCGGUACAUGUUAUCUGAGACAGUAUGUAAAUUUACUAAGCCAGCUGUGAACUUUUCAACUGCGGAGCAAGUUUGACGUAUGCAAGCGUUGAGAUAAAUAAUUUCCAUUGCAGAGGAAAGCCUCAAUCCAGCAGAAAGAAAGACACACAUUAUCAGAGCGUGGGAUGGUAAAGUCAACAAGAAGAGAAAUGACGCCUUCCUGCACCUGCUUCUUGUAUUGUGCCAAACGUGAAUGCAGGGGUGCUGGUUCAGCUCAGUCAGUGAGGGAGACGCCUCAUGUUUACAUGGAUUUAUACCCAUUUGUGGAUUUAAAAGCAUCUUCUGAGUCCUGAAUGGCCUUUCUCAUUUCUAUCAAAGUUCUCCAGUCUGAUUAGUCUGAGCUGAUUUGAAAAAAGUAUCAUUCAGUUGAAGUUCGGAGGUUUAAUCCUUGAGAAACAAAUAUGCUAAAGUGCCGAACUUUGGAGUAAAAGAUCAGAGUUGUGGUUUCAAAGGUUGGAUGGCUUCUAGAUACAGUCCUUGUGAUUCUACGCCUGAACCCACUCUCUUCCCCUAACUACUCUGUUUCUCUCAAGCUGUCUUAUCAAAUAAAGGUAAUGCCCUCCAGGAUAAUAAAAAUAGUGCAGCUCCUUCCAAAAAAAAUAAACCUGGAAAGAGGAGAAUCGUGCCCCGUAAAUCCACUAGAGGGCUUUUAAUGAGAAACACCCGUGCAGAACCUGUCAAAGUGUCAAGUUCGGUUGGGACAAGCUUAGCACAGACCCAAAAAUUGAACCGACUAAAGUUUAUUUUAAAUAUUUCUGCCUGAAAGAAAAACUCUCAUUAGCUGUGUGGUUAGUAAGGUUGAACUUUUCUAGAUGAUCAUCCUGAAUUUAGGACGUUAGGGGGAACACAGAGAGGAGGAAUUGACAGACAUUUAAAGUUUUUGUAAACAUAAUUCAGUAAUUUAAACUACGCUCGCUGAAUCUUGAAGGAGUUUGUGUUUUUGUGUUUUCGUCCAGGUGGUCCCCAGAUGGUGGGAGUGGAUCAGGAGGUGCAGCUGGAGGAGGCUGCAGGCAGGAUGGUGAACCUGAGCUGUGAGGCUCAGGGUCAUCCGCUGCCCAGCAUCUCCUGGAACAUCAUCGGCAGCCAGGUAUCCAACCAGGCCGACUCUCCUUCUCAUGAGUGGACUUUCAGCUGAGUUUGUAGAGAAAGACAAAGAUGACUUGGACUCCCGAUGGUUGUCUCUUAACUUUAGUCGGAGAUUUGAGCAGAUCUAGCAGGCAGACUUUGCGAGGUAGCUAUCGGAGUCGUCCUCAGUGAUUCCCCUCGUACUUUAUCAGCAUAAUCUUCAAUAAAAUGACGUUUUUUUGUUUAAAAAAGUAAGAGAAAUCUCAGUGGAGGCAGUUUAUUUAUUUUAAAAAGAAAAGUCUAUAUCAGUUAUAGUCACACUUACUGAUUUAGUAACUUAAAAACGAACAGAUUUCAGGUCGUAGAAUCACUGCUGUUACUUACAUCGUGCCGAUAGUUUACUCUUGCUAAUUGAAAGAAAUGUAAACGGUGAACUCAUUCAUAUAACGUGUUUUUGUGUGUGUUUCCACAGACUUGGCAGGAGGUGGUGAUUAAGGCAAACGAGCACAUGACCCACAGCGUGGUGUCGGUCAAAGUCACCUCGGACGUCAGCGCUCUCUGCAACGCUUCCAAUGACAUGGGCACCGAUGUCAAGGCCUUCAGCAUCAAAGCCAGUAAGAGCCUCUCUCUCUCUCACUCAGACUGUCACAUCUUUAUGAUUGACAUAUCCAAUGACAGAAUUUAAAAAUGCGAAAGUAAAUUUGGCGACUAUACAUCUGUAAAGAAAACACAUGCGAUACAUUUGAGACAGGACAUCAGCAGGUCUUGCUCCUUUCUCAAAUAUCGAUUCGGGAAUGAAAUAGUUGGUAACUUCUGGUUAACUGAGGGAGCUGCUCUCUGCUCUGUAACAAGCUGCAUUAAUAAUGAAUUUUAUUUUGCUUUUGAAGCUUCAAUUAACAAGAACCAGGAGCAUCAGUCCUUUCUUUUAUCUGGUUUCAGGUUUAAUUAGAGAUUUAACCAGGGAACUUUUUACAGUAUCGGUCUGUACAAGCAGUAAGAAGUUAUGAUAAACUCCUUUUUGUUUCUUAUUGGCUCACAUGCAGUUUCAGAACGGAUUUGAACUGAAUAGGAUCAAAUAAUGACGAGCAAACCUUGUACUACAAAGUAGGAUCCAUGUAAAGUAAGAUAACAUCAUGGGUGACUCCGGUUUUAGUGCUAUAAACUUGCUCCACUGCCUACUCCACUGACCAAUCAGAUUCUUGGUUCUUCUUCUUUGCACGUUACUUUUUUUUCUGUAAAAUAAGUUAUUGAAAGAUUUUUGAUAUGCUUUGGAGACACUGACAAAAGCAGAGUUUAUGGGGUCCAUACCACCCAAAGCUGCAGCAAUUUGAGUGAUCUUAAACUGCUGAGUAUGAAUCAGUUUAGGGGGAAAAAAAAUGUUACUGUCAGAGCAGCUGUAUAAUGUUUGUAAAAUACUAUUUUCAGUCUUGAAUUGUGUAUUUUUACUGAUUUUUUAACUGUUAUCUUUGCAUUUGUCAGCUGCAGCUGUUUUGAGCUCAGUCUGUGAUAUUUUUAAAACUGCCUCUUUGAUACUGGACUUUAGAUUUGUCGAGUAUGAAGAUCUGCUGACUGUUCAAGUUUGCGGUCACUCAAAUCACACAACUCCUCACAAAGCUUUAGUUUCAGAGUUUUGUUUGCUGUUGUUUGAGUCUUGUGUUAAAAUCUUUUAAAUUAUCGUAUUAAAUCUAAUUGAACUGACUGUAAAAGCUGUGCUCCCUGCUCGAAAUGUAAACUAUAUCCUGGUUACAGAUUAGCGUUUUUUUCCCCGCUCAGAUUUUCUUAAUGUAAAAGACUUUCAGGAGCCUACAUGACUGAAAGCAUUGGGAUGAAAACAGAAAAACUCAAAGAGGCGAGUUUUGUUUUUUAUUCUGUUAACCAUGUCUCGAGUCCUCUGGAGUCCCUUUGGUUCACCAUCUUCUUCAGAAGAUUCAAGACCACAGCGCUGUUUCAUGUUCUGUCUGAAAAAGGCUCCAUGUUAGACGCCUUUUAUCGCCCCCUGAAUGAAAAAGAAAUAUUUGUGAUUUGCAGCGCAGCUAUGAUCACAACAAAUAAGAGAAGUGUUUGUUUCUAUUGAGGGUGGGCUCUAAGUGUUUUUUUACCUGUCCACAGUUCCCAGACUCACCUCCACUGCUCCCUUCUCUCCCGGUAAGACCGUCAAUCCACCGUCUCCUCCUGUCAAAGACGCCUCUUUAACUUCCGCUCUUCGCUCUCAGUGUUCCUGCUUUACACUAAGCUCUGGCUGUGACAAUAAGGGGUUUAGGACUGUAUACAUUAUUUAUGAUUUCCAUACAGGGUCUCCACACUAGGACUGACUUUGGUUUGCUGGCAGAUCUUUGGAAUGGCCUGCGGGUAUAUUAAAUAUUCUGUUUGAUACUGCGAGAAAAAUCACAACACGAGCAAAUUCAGGCACGCCAACAGUUAUAAUGAUUCUUGGACCAAACCCUCUGUGGUGAAAAAACAUUAUUUGCAUGUUUCGGAUUUUUAAAACAAACAGAAAUAAGUGAGAAAACGGUGUCUCACUUUUACAGCCUAUUCCAGACAGUCUCGGGUUUUAUUGUGGAUUUUUACAUACCAGGUGAAAUUACAGUGAGGUAUAGAGAGGGCUUUAUUACAGGGCAAUUUUCUAACCCAAUCACACAGUUAAAAUCUUCAUAAGCCUGUAGGGAAAACAACAGGCAAAUAAUGAGCAUUUUAGACCAUUAAAAACAUCACUAAGGAAAAAGGAAACCCGUCUAAAAAUAUCCUAGAAAACAGUAAAAAUAAUAAAAAAGAAGAUUUAGUGACAUCCCUACUUGUUUGCUGAGCUAAUUAUGAACUCAACUCAAACACUCGUUCUGUGGAGUUCAACAAUAAAUGAAAUCCUUAAAGGAAUGACGCCACCCCAGUCUGUCUCUCUUUUUGUCUUAAAAUCCAAAUGCUGGUUUAAAAUAUACAGCAAGUAAUAUCCAGAGAAUAAGAAACUUUAUUCUAAGUUAUUGUGAACUUACUGUAAAUAUGAGGUUUGGUAAGGCGUUUUCACCAGUAUUUUUUAAUGGUCACUAAAAGUUAUAUUGUCAAUGUUUACUGAAUAUGAAAUUUACAGAGCAGUAUAGAAAUAUCAAGUCUGUUUCAGUUUCUUAUUGUGACUCUCUUGAUAUAUCGAAUGCUCUGAGUUGUUGUGAAAUUCAUCUAAAUUGGUCAAAUAAUUCAGUAACACAUUCUUUUACGGUACACUUAUUACCAGGUAAUUAACAGGUUAUUACCUAGUAACAACAUUAUCUGGUUAAUUAUGUGGUAAUUACAUAAUAACUACUACGUCAAUACUGUCUAGCUACCAGGUAGGUAACCUUCCAUCAUCAUACAAAUUUGAAGCUGAAUUGCUCUGGUAUUUCCAGGAUUUUCUCCGCUUCCUUGAACCACUUCUUGCGCAGUAGCAUUGUACGCAUUUGGCGGGUGAGUCGCUGUGAUAAUGCUUGGCUCAAACAGCAUAUCGCUACGCAAUCUUCACACGCCCAUAGGCUGUAUCAAGUGUCAAUCAUAGAAAAUAAGAACCCCAAAUAGCUUUUGAAAAUGGAGCUGCACAGAAAAAAGAAAAACCUAGACAGUAUUGACGUAGUAGUUAUUAUGUAAUUGCCAAGUAAUUUCAUGUUGUUACUAGGUAAUUACCUGUUAAUUACCUAGUAAUAGGUGUACUGUAAAAGAAAAGGGUUACCAAUAACUCUUAUAAUUCUCUGCUUUAAAUUGUCUCCUUUCAUGAUACAAAAAUCCCAUCUGUUACCAGUUUUAGCAAAUCUCGUAGGAUAUUUAUUGUCCAUUAUUUUGUUAUUGGAUUUCUUUAAUUUUGUUAGGAAUUGUGAAUUUGUGCACUUAAAAUCUCAGAAAGUUUGGAUUUCCAAAUGAAUUUGGCUUCUGGAGUUAUUGGAGGUCAUUUUCUAAUAUGUCUAUUGGUUCAUUUGCUCCUCUUGAUAUCUUUUCUGUUUUGUAACAUUCCUGCUUCACUUUUGUGAAUGCAUACAUAUCUUCAAAGAACAACUUUCAGUUUGUCACAUGUUGAGAUUGACCUACUUUUUCCCUAAUUUUGCCCGUAUUUAUGCCAGGCUCGGUUCAAACUCAAAGAGGAACAGCAUCAAAUGUAAAGUCAGGAGCAGCGUUGACUCUUUAUUUUUAAAUAAAGAGGAGGAAAAGGCAUCCUCUAUUCCAACUGGAUGGAUAAUGUUAUCUCACUAAAGUUAGUUAUUAAAGCCAUAGGUCACAGAUGCUGCACAAAAUAAAUGACAUUUUCUGCACUCCUAUAAGCUUAAUUACACUGAAGUAAAAUAGAUGUAAUUUCACGCUUUGCUUUUCUUUCUUAUGCAGGAAAAAAUAGACUUGGUAAAAUAAGCCCCUUAAUUAAAGGGAUGUUUAAAGCAGAUGUUUCCUUUUUUCCUCCUCAGUCAUCUGGGAGGGCAUUUCUAUCAAGACGUGAAGCUUUAAUGGUCCUCAAAAGCCUUUUUUUUUUCUGCACUUCCUAUCAUGCAACUUUCUGCAUCUUUCAUUCAGCCUUCCCUGCACGAUAUCAGCACCUAAACGUCUGUCUUUCAAACUUCCAGUCCCUCUCACUGUCGUCUAAGCAUCAAAUGAUAAAUACUGUGAGGUGACACACUGAUCUGUGAUUUCUCUCUCUGUUUGUGUGUUCGUGUAGCUGAGGGCAGCGGGGUUAUCAUCGUGGUGAUCAUUCUGUGUCUGCUGCUCCUCGCCAUCCUCGGCAGCGUCCUCUACUUCCUGCACAAGAAGGGGAAGAUCCCGUGUGGGCGCUCAGGGAAACAGGAGAUGUGAGUGCUGCUUUUUGUAGCUGUCUUUUCAGGCCAACAAUCUGUCCAACUUUUAAACAUGAUAUCUGCAUCUGGAGGGAAUUCCUAAGAAUUACAAUGAAAUGUCACUCUGAUCUCUCAUAACAUAUUUCUGGCUUUUAUUCAAGAAUUUCGUCUACAGUAAUGGGUAAUUGUAGAAAAUAUGAGUUGGGACACAUUUUGCAUGAAUGUCACAGAUCAGUUUAAACAUUACUAUAUGUUAUAACUCAGAAACAACAGAGGAAGCUGUACUUGAUUCUGAGUAUAGUCAUACAAUGAAUUUACAGGUAUAUUGACUCUUAUUUCGAGUGUCAGACGUGAACCUUUUAGGAUUUUAAAGAUCUCCUCUCUAUUCUAGUCACUCCCAUUUGGACCUGCUAAUGUAAAGGUUUAAUGCAAACAUAGUUGUGGAUUUGUGACACCUUUUAAAAAAAACAAGUGGCAAAGAAAGUUUGAUGAAGUUGUUCUUUGUCUUCAAAUGUUUUUUUUUGUUUGUUUGACAAUUAAAAAUUAUUAGAGAUCUCCCUUUGAUAAAGUUGGAAAUGCUAUUUCUGACUUACCCCUCUUGUAUGCAUCCAAAAUAAUACACAAUAGUGAGGAGGCUCCUAUUUCAAACUAUUAACAGGACUCCCAGUUUGCAGAAAAGUGUGAAACAAAAGCAGUAGAGCGACAAAAAAGGGGAUAAAUGUUAAACUUUAACUGGUUUCAAAAGAGAAAUGUCAUCGCAACUUGAGCAGUCCAAAAGUGUUCAAAUUCCUCUUUGUCUCUGUCUGCAGCACCAAAGAGAAGACCACCAAAGAUGACAUUGUUGUGGAGAUGAAGAGCAACACAAAGAACGAGGAUGCUGUCCUGCUAAAGGCCGUCAACGGAGACAAAAAGGGCCCUAAUGACCAGGUGACUUUUAGGAUGCUGCUCGUACACAAUAAGGACUGCAGAUUUCACAGUUUACAUCGAAUAACAUGCACCGACAGUGUUUCUUUUACCAAAUGAAGGGGUGCUGUAGUCUUAGUCUAUGGUCCUCAUUGCAGUGAUUUCUGAUUUUUCUUCAGUGCAUGUGAGGAAAUGCUGAGUUUACUCUCAGAAGUUGUUUUAAUGUGGAUAAGUAAUGGAUGAGGGUUAAAAACUGCUGCUUUUUCAUCAAUUAUUUAAUAGCUGUAAAUAAACCUGCACCGGUUGCCAGCGUGCAGCAAACAGAUUCUGAUAAAACGCAGAUCAAACAGGAGCUGAGUUAAGUGUUUGUGAUUUCAAGAGAUAUUCCCAUGUGUUUUUAAUGUUACCUCUAGAGCCUCACUGCUGUUUGCUCCGCUGCGGUGCUACAAAUCUUAAAAAAUCCUGCAGUUGUGCAUCUCCAAAGCAAAGGGGUGUGUGAAAAUAUAUGGGAUUUUGGCAUCUUUUGAAUAAUUUCUCACUUGGCAGAUGUUAAACUGAAGACAUUUAAGGAAAAAGUCUGAAUCUGUCCAAAGUUUGCAAUAAUCUGCCAACAAACACUUGACAGGUGUAACCUGCUGCAAGCUUCAGGCAAGUUAAUUUAUAGAUUAGAUUACAAAUGCUCCAUUCAGACAUAAAAACAGUAUGCAGGGCCUGAGGAAACAUGUUAAAAGAGCAGUUAAAAAAUCACUCAUCUGCAAAUAAAGACUGAUACUCAUUUACAAUGACAUUAAUGCUGAAUAUAUACAACAUGUCAACAUAAUGUUAAUAGACUUAUGUAUGGAUUUAUCAUUUCUGGAUCAUUCAAAAGAAAAAAUGUCGUCUUUAACCUCAAGAGCUGAGUGUGACGCUGCUUAUUGAUACUUAUUCAAACUUAGUAAAAACGUCACUCUGAUGGUUUCGCAAAAAGACCAGUUUUCACAGACAGAGAGCGUUCAAGUGAGAGAUCAUUUAAAUGUAUGCAAACAUCAUUUUUUAGCAGUGAAGAUUGGACUUAGUGAAUGAUGCAGCUUGGUUUAGAGAACGAGACCCUUACUUUGAGACAAAAAAUCAACAAUUAUGAUUCUCUGACGAAGAGGAUUUGAAAUAAAGGCCUCUAAUACAAGCCUGCUUCAUAUAGAGGCCUGCUUCCUGAGGUGGUAGGAGCAAAUAAAAGACACAGUUUAUAUUUGAGGAUUUACAGUGAGUUCAACUGAAAUUAUCAACUAACUUUUAUAAUCAAGAGUGUACCAAAAGGAAGGGAAAGGAAACCAAUUCACAGGACCAUUGUUUUGGGUUUUUGUAGAUUUGUUUAUGUGCACAAAUAACUUUUUUCUGUGUGGGUGUUUUUCUCUUUGGUGUUUGUGUGUAACUCUGAUGUCCUCCUCUGUCCCCGCAGUAAAGCAGUGGUGUUGUGCAACAGGAGGCAGCACACACUAAGCCAGCGGUCAGUGUGUGUGUGUGUAUGUGUGUGUGUGUGAGUGUGUGUUGGAGCAGAGGAGACAGAGGACGGAGGCUCCCACUGAUCCGAGAGACCUGCAGGGUAACACCACAUCACAGCCUGGACACCCUCCCAUCAUGCUUCGUUCUCAGCAGUAUUUGAUAGAUUCACCCAAAUGUACGCAUACAUUACACAAAUACACACACACACAUAUGUCUGUAUGUACAGUUGUGUAUUUUCUUAUGAGUGCGUGUUUCCCUCCUUAAACGUUCAUUAUCUCUGUUGUUUUGGAUGAUUUUCCUCAGAUUAUGUUCAGCUCUUUCUCGGCUGUCGUUCAGUGUGCGUCUAUGAUGGUGUCACAUACACAUCAUCAGCUUUUGGUUCAGUUUUUUCUAUGAAAGUGUAUAUAUUAUAUAUAUUUUGUUAUUUAAGAUAUUUUGGCACUCAGAUUCUCAGUGGAUGGUAGCGUCUGGGUCAUGUGCAUGUUGAUCCGUGUUCAUUGGUCCAGGUGAGUUUCAGGACAGGAAAUGAUGUCAGAGACCAAACACUGGCUGCUCCUCUGAGGCGGCACAGACACUCUGAGGGAAGGCUCCACAGUGUGUUGGCUUCGGUUCGAUUAUUGAUUUUCAUUCAAAUUUACCAAAAAAAAAAACAAUAAAAACGUCUUCUUGAUCUGUACACGCAGCAUAUUGUUCGAACAAACCCGGCUAAUCAGGCGCACAGCCGGCCUUCUCCUGCAAACUGCUGUCAAACCCUCGUACUGAUUGUAAAUACAAGUAGUGUACAGACCUGCUAGUAUGGCCUUGGAGUGUUACUGAGCGUGAAAAGGUCAAAGGUUAGUGAUCUGCUGUGCCUGUUUUUGAGAAUGCAUCAUACACUGAAUUGGUUUCUUUUGGUUUCUUUGGUUUGCUCUGUGUGUUUUCUUUGUGUUUCCACUGAGAGAUAGCGGCGUCUGAAGGAGCAGGUCAGAGUUUCUGCAUGUUUGGAGGUAACACUGUACGAAACGGCGAAGUAAUCUGCAAAGUAGAUGCUCCAAGUUUCUGUUUUGUUCUGUAAGUUUUUUAAGAUAAAGUAGCAGACUCUGAACUUUUUUUUUUAUUUUUUUUUUUACUAAAGGUACAUUCAGUUUUCUGUUUAUUAUUUCUUCUUCAUGGUUGGUCUGUCUGCUCUGAUCCAAAGUGUCAAACAUCAGUAAAAGCAGAAGACGAUGCAAAGCAAAAAUUGAAUUCAAGGAAAUGAGCGUAAAGCCUCAGCUGUCAAAGAUAACAUGUUUCUCAUGUGUUAUUCCUGUGUUCAAAUCACAGUUUUAAAAAUAAAAAUCUUUGACCCUUUAGGUUGAGAUUUACUUUUUGGGGUUUUUUUUGGAUAACAAAAAAUACAACUAUUUAAAAUAACUCUGAUUAAUAAACAAGACAACCAAACGAGCCAAUUAUGAGAAUGAAAAAUUUGUGAAUUUACUCUAAAACAGUGGUUCUCAAGUCCAGUCCUCGAGCCCCCCCCCGUCUUGCAUGUUUUGGAUGUUUCCCUGCUCCAACACACCUGAUUCAAAUGAUCAGCUCGUUAUUAAGCCGGUACAGAGCUUGAUAACGAGCUGAUCAUUUGAAUCAGGUGUGUUGAAGCAGGGAAACAUCCAAAACAUGCAGGACGAGGGGGCUCGAGGACUGGACUUGAGAACCACUGCUCUAAAAGAAGAAAAAAACAGUAAAACAUAUCCAAAAACAGUUCCAGAAAUGCAAGAUUUGCUUGUUUUAUUUCAAUUUUUCUUUUUUUUUUUGGUUUGGUCAUUUUUCCCACUAAUCUUCUAAAAGAAGUAAAGUUAAGAGUAAUUUCUGUAUUCUGAGAGCAGGAUAAGUCAGAUUUCAGUAGGAGGAUACAUCACCUGCGAGUUUUUGGGUUAUAUAUGAGACACGAACCAGCCAGUUGAAGUGUUUCUUUAGUCACUCAGCUCAAACAUGCAGAGCCUCCGCUGCGCUCCUUCAGAGGCCCGUGUUGUGAAUAUGAUGUUCUGAUUGCUCACUGUGUAGUUUGUUGUGAAAUGAUUCAUUUUGUUGCUGAGAGCCCCACGUUGCCCAGAAGACUUGCAGCAUUAAGAAGAUAGCGGUUCAUUUUAUGUUUUCUUUUUCUUUCCACUGACGUUGAGGUGUUUCAGUUGUAGAAAUAUCAGGUCCACAAUGUCCUCAGGCAAGAAGUUUCUUCAUCCAGUCUGAUGCUGUUAUUAGAGUUUAGAGAAACUGACAAAACCAUCAGUGUUUGUGAUUUGAUCAAUAAACCUGCUCCUCAUCUUUUCGUUAAAAAGGACUUAAAGUGCGGCUAUUUUUUUUUUUGUCAGACUGACGUUUGGCUGAAAACAAGUUUGAAACUUCACUCUCAUUAUGUUCUUUUUUCUAAAUGUGUGUAAAUUAAGUAAUGUACAUGUGAUUCUUUGAUGCUUGCGUUUUUUUAUAUAUUUUUUUGCAAAAAAAAUAAUGCCAAAUAAAAAGGUUUCGUUUAAAGAGA